GAAACCGCCUGGGUAACUUCCCUUUCUCGUUGAGAUAUGAGCACAUACGAGGAAGAAAUGGUCAAUUAAUUAAUAAUUGUUCUGGUCGAGAACUUCUGAGAAGCAUAGUGGGAAAAGGGAAAAGCUGUAUUGUGGAAAAGCAAGUGUUCUUCAUAAAUAAACAACAGAAUGGACUCUUGUGGGAAACUGCUGAAAUAAGGAGACGCGAUGGAGAACGCAAAAGCUCUAGAUGUCGUUCCACAGGUAAAGGAAUACAUUCUUUCUCCCUUUAGCUGUCAAUGGCAUUCGCUAGGCACAACUAAUAGGAGCCUGCUUGCAAGCAACUUGUAAACAGCAUUGUCUGGGAUUUUGUUAUAUGGAAGCCCCACACUCAUGGGAUGUUACAGAUUGUCUAACCUAGGAAGAGGAGUCUAUCAAUUAAGAAUUAAGACUGCAGUCCUGUGCACCUCACUUACAUGGCUGCUGGGGGAUAAGAAGUAUCAGUUUGAGUUAGCUCCUUACAGAGCGAUCAUACAGACUUCUUAAUGCAGUAUACUUCACAGGAUCCACUUUUGUCCCAUUGUCAAGAUUAAGCAAGCUUAAGUGAUUUGGAGAUAGCAGCCUAAGAGCCUAGAUAAUCAUUAAGUAACUGUUAGGGACCAAAGUAGAUGUGAUGGGCACAUGUGCAUUUAUUCCUGUGUCUGCUUCAUUCAUGUAUCAAGUGAGAGUUGUGGGGGGGUGUGUGUGUGUGUGUGUGUAUGUAUGUGUGUGCGUGCGCGUGUGCCUAUGCUUUACAUUAAGUGGAUCCUGCAGGCAAGUCGAGUGAGGGCCCCCUCUGCUUUCUUCCCUCAUGCUCACUGUUGCUUUGUAUUUUCUCUGCCUUGCUCCAGUACAGUGGUACCUCGGUUUAAGAACAGUCCGGUUUAAGAACGCUUUGGUUUACAAACUUCGCAAAACUGGAAAUAGUGUCUUGGGAGAUAGAUAUAAGAUAUAUGUUCAAAAAUACAGUAAAGGUUCACUAUCUAUGCUAGCAUUCUAUUGAUGUUGGAGAGAGACUGAGUUGAGAAAUAAGACCAAGGGUACAUAUUGAUAUGAGAAUGUAUUAGAUAAAAUAUAAAGAAAUAUACAAUAAUAAGAGUACAUUCAUUUGUAAAAAAGGAAUAUACAACGGGAUAGACAGGAAGUCCAAAGUGUUGGUACAUAUAUGAUUUUGGAAUAGUUUUUUGUCCUUGUUUUUUCCCUUUCCCCCUUUUCUUUUCUUUUAAUAUAUAAACUUUGUAUACAUGAUGAAAAUUAUAGAAAAGAGAGGGGGGACAGAUAAGGGGAAACUAUGAAUUGAAAGUGGAGAUGAUAAAUGUACCUUUUCCUGUCCAUCUGUUUUGUAACACAAAAAAUCUUUAAUGAUAUAUAUAGAUAUAUGAUAUAUGAUAUAUGAGAUAUACCGUAUUUUUUGCACCAUAACACUCACUUUUUUCCUCCUAGAAAGUAAGGGGAAAUGUCUGUGCAUGUUAUGGAGCGAAUGCCUGCGGGUGGCGGGGGGGAUCUGCUACAGUCGUGAACAGAGGAUCCAUGGUUCCCCUUCCUUCCCUCCUCCGUGGUUACAAAGCAUGGAUCCACAUGGAUCCUCAGGAUUUUUGCAUUGGGCUACUCCAAACUCACUGUCAGAUCACAUGUCUGUGGCCACAGCAUGAACCACAAAAAUCAUAUAUCCACUAUUUCGUUUAGAAUAUUUUUUUUCUUGUUUUCCUCCUCUAAAAACUACGUGCGUGUUAUGGUCUGGUGCGUGUUAUAGAGCGAAAAAUACGGUAUAUAUAUAAUGUUUGGAUCAAUGGACCUGCAUCUUCCAUUACAUGUUUAAAAAUGAAAGAUACACUUUCUGCUGAACAGAUAUAUGGAUAUGGCUGGAUCCUCACAUCUAAUUUGGCCCUAAGAACACCAUUAGUGCCUUCAUCUUCCAGUGUGCAGAUCCAGGAGUGCAACAGCUGUAAGAUCAUCAGCAAUCUUUGGUACUUUGGUACUACUACAACUAAUCCAGAAUGCGGCAGCUAGACUGGUGACUGGGGGCGGUCGCCGAGACCACAUAACACUGGUCUUGAAAGACCUACAUUGGCUCCCAGUACGUUUCCGAGCACAAUUCAAAAUGUUGGUGUUGACCUUGAAAGCCCUAAACGGCUUCGGUCCUGUAUACCUGAAGGAGUGUCUUCACCCCCAUCGUUCUGCUCGGAUGCUGAGGUCCAGCGCCGAGGCCUUCUGGUGGUUCCCUCAUUGCGAGAAGCAAAGCUACAGCCAACCAGGCAGAGGGCCUUCUCGGUAGUGGCCCCUGCCCUGUGGAAUGCCCUCCCAUCAGAUGUCAAAGAGAUAAACAACUACCUGACUUUCAGAAGACAUCUGAAGGCAACCCUGUUCAGGGAAGUUUUUGAUGUGUGAUAUCUUAGUGUAUUUUUGGUCUUUGUUGGAAGCCGCCCAGAGUGGCUGGGGAAACCCAGCCAGAUGGGCGGGGUACAAAUAAUAAAUUAUUAUUAUUAUUAUUAUUACUUAGGGUCUUAGUAGGGAGAGCAUCCGAUUUGAAUACGGAAGGUGCCAUGUUAGUUUCCACCAUAUCAGACUAAGGCUACAAGAGGCCUCUGUCUGAAGCCCAGGUGAGCCGAUUCUGGUCAAUGUAGACAAUACUGUGCUAGAUGGACCCAUGUUUGAAAUGGACCAAGUUCUGCUUGCACAAUGGGACUUUCCCCACUCCCCACCCCACACAUGUGCAGCACCCUCCCACAGAGCAGCUGUAGGGGGGCAUGUGAGGGGAAGAGAGGGGGAGAACAUUCCCUUGUGCAAAGAGAAAUCCUUCUGCUGAUGCAAAGUUUCCCUCAGGGCUACUUGAAAUACGAUCCCUAAUGCAGAUUACUAUUAUUUGAUUAAUUGUGGCAGCGGGCCCAUGAUUUCAUUAACCACGGAUUAAAAAUGAGAGCUUUAAAAUUGGUUUUUAAUCAGAAAUGCUUCCCCAUGAGAUAGUAUUUCAUGUUGGAGUCAGUAUCACUAAAACAGAAUGUUUUCUGGCAGAGUACUCCAAACCCUCUUUGCGCAGGGCUGGUUCUGGGUCUUGGGCUGCUGCCUUAGGUGAUGCAUUUUAAAUGGUUUUCCAAUUAACUAGUAAGAUUGGGUUUUGUACUCUGUUAUUUAUUUAUCUUAUUUAUUACACACACACACACACACACACACACAUGUUUGAUGGUUAGAAAACCUCUUAGUGGGUAACAUCAUAUUGGUAUGAUGGAAAACAUAUUUGUGCAGAUCAGCUGAUUGGAUUAGAAAAUGCACUAAUUCAAAAUACCACAGCUAAUCUGUAUAGUAAUGCAAACAUUUAAAUUUUCUAUUUUGUGCCGCCUUUCCAAUUGUCAUUCUGUAGUUCUCUUAUCCACCAAAGCAAAUGCCCCACACUGUCUUGAUCCCCAUGUACUUUCUAAUUAGCUGAAAUCAGGGAUGGUGGAUUUCCCCAGUUUAUACAGUAGUAGAUUAAUCAAGGUUUCAGCUGCCAAUAUGUACGCUGGCUGCUUAAAUCCUACUGGUGCCAACAGUGCUCCCCACAAAAAAAAUAAAAUUAGGGGUACUCUCAUUUUCCUACUCAUAUUGAAAUACUUCCCCUCAAAGAGGCCAAACUUAGAUUCACAAAACGUUUAGGGGUUAGUGUACCCCUGCGUCCCCCUAGAAAAAAGCACUGGGUGCCGAUAGCUUUUAACCAGCUUAAUUUAAACCAGGGUUGCAGUUUAACCUUUAUUUAUUUAUUUUACAGAGUACUCAUGUCUCUGAAUUGUCCCCCCUUUUUUUUCUUCUUUGCUGGAUGGUGGAGAGCUGGUGAAUCUCUGCUUCAUGCUGGUUCCUGAUCCUGUCCUGUUAGCCAAGGCUACCUUUUUGCUAACAGUCUGUGAUUUAUUUUUUUAAUUUAUUUUUGCAUUACUGGCUUACCCACUUUGUAAACCGUAGCAUCCUUAACUUCUUAUCUGCCAUGAUUUAUCUUGAAAAAUGUACACUCGUUUUAGUUGCGAAGACAAAUAUUAAUUGGUGGGGCUGGGAAAUAGGGGUACUCCGGUUUAUGCUUUGAUUCUAUUUUGCUCCCGGUGUUCUACCGUCAUAGUAAAUUGAAAAGGGGAAAAAAAAUAUGGAAGAUGGUCUUUUCUUGUAACAAUGAGUGGUAACUGGGCACAUCGAUCCAAAGAUCCUGGAUUGCUUGGUGGUCACUCUGCUACGGCCAACAGUGAUAUAAAGCAAUCAUAUAUUGCACCAGCAGCAAAGUCAACAGCCAAACAAUAUCCAUGGAAGCAAAUAUUAUUAGAGGAACAUGGACAGCAUAUCUACCAUUGACCGACCACUGUUGAGCCUGCACAGAAGGCACCAGUCAACGUUAACAGUGAUACCUGAUUGACCCAUGGUAAAUCAGAUGUAAACUGGCUUCUUCAUGUGAAUCUGGAGUGGUGAGCAUCCAUUUAAGUUCACUACAAGACCUCCCUACUAACGGAGCUUUUCUGGAAGGUCUUAUUUAACAAUUUCUCCAGUCCCUGAACAAAAUUACAUUGAAAUGUAACGUUUAUGAAAAAAAGAGAGUCUAUGAAUCGAGCUGCGAAAGAUCUCUUUGGAGUCCAUGAAUAUACAUACCAAGAGAUAUAGAUUAAUUUUGCCUUAUUUAAAUGCAAUCGAUCACUUGCUGUAUAUAUACAGUGAAAAAUCAACCCCAAACAACCUUGCCAAGGACCGGUGGGGGGAAAUCAAUUGCAUAGGAGAGGUGGCCUUUAACUAAAAGUCUAACAAAAUUGAUAAGAAGCCUGGGGAAUAUGGUGCUGCAAAGUGGUUGAUUAAAACUAAGUGAACUAUAAAGGGAGGAGGAAGAGGUCAUUUGGCUUACAGCCCUGAUACCAAGAGCUGCAGUCUUCUCAGCAUUCGCAAGAUACAGAGCACUAGGGUUAAGUGAAGAGAUCUACAAAUGAGGCCACGAAAUACCCAAAUAAUCUGUUGUGUAUAACCAGGCAAUCUGUUGUGAUCGUGCGGAUGGAAGCUUUGUCUAUGACUUGAGCAUUGUAGGGGCACCCACAAAAGCAACCAUCACCACAACAGUGAGGCCAAAGCUAGGCAUGCUGGGAGAUGUGUGGCUGAUGCUGAAAGCACUGGACUCCCUCCCAGAGUAAUGUCCGCUGCAGGCUUUCCCAACCUUGUGCCCUCCAGUACUUUUGGAUUUACAGUCUCAGGUAGGGUGGUCAAUAAUCAAGGAUUAUGGGAGUUGUAGCCCUUAACAUCUGAAGGCCAGUAGCUUGGUGGAAGGCUGGUUUAGCAUUACAAAAUGAGCAAUAUCACUGUGUUGUAAUCAGGGACGGGUGAAUAUGUCAAUUUUUGGUUCCUUGCAGUUUCUGCAUGGCUUUGCAAUAUUUCUUUAAAAGUCCUCAUGAAAACUUGUAAGCAUCAUAGUGCAAAUUUCUCCCAAUAUACACAUUUUGGUUUGUCAUUUUGCUUACUACACAUUUUUUUUGCAUGCAAUUUCCUGUAAUAUAAUGGCAUUCUUAUGCGCUACUUUCACGAAUGUAUGCAUUUUUAUAUUCCCCCCUCCAAUAUAAACAUUGUUGUAUGCAUUAUUUGGUUGGAGAACUGUGUCAUAAUAUUUGGAGCAGCACAAAAUUUUGCAAGAUAGCUGUGUUUCAGUUUGCAUAUUGUCCUAGCAUUUGGUAGGUUUGCAUUAAAAUCCAAACUAAACCAGAUUUCUCCUGCAUCCCAAGCUGCAAACUUUAGGAUAAAGUGGAGACAUUUCUUUUCCGAUACAUAAUUCUCCAAGAAAAUGGCAGGGGGCUAUUUUGGGGUUGUAUCGCUGGCAGAAAACCCCCCCAUGUGACAAGUAGAUCAUUCAACGCAUAAUCCCCUCUGAUGAAAGUGCUUCUGUGUUGAUGCAAUUUUGGCAGACUGUUGGUUAAAAGCCAUUUAGAUAAUUGUGGCUCCAAAGUUGGUUUGAAGCAUUACACCUAUUUCCAGAAAGUCUGCCCAUGUUUGAUUUAACUGCUGGAGAUAUAAUCCUAAAUACACUUGGAAGUACAUUCCACUGACAUAAUGGGCGUGACUUGCAUUUCACAUGGAGGCUUUCAAUUUAUUAAACCCCUUGAGGGAGCUGGUGCUGACGCCAAACGGACUUAUUAACUCAGAGAAGCAGCCAAGGCUGGACUGCGCUAAAGAGUCAGGUCUGGUGUGCUAUAACAGGAUGCUGGCAAAGCAGAGACCGCAGCUGACUGUGGCAGCGGAGCCUACAUUGGGGAGAGUUAAGGGAGCUGUUGUAAAUGAAUGAUGGCUCAGAGUGUAAACUGGGGAGUCCAAAUUUCACUACAGUCAUGGACUUGUUAGCUUUAAAAAAUCGCCACUUCUUUAUUUUUAUAAAUUUAUUUAUUUGGUUUUUCAAAUUAGAAUUUUACAAUCACAUAUCCAACAUAGAAAGUAAAAGCAAGAUUCCAAAGACUCUCCUGGACUUCCCUCCUCCUUUGUGGGUCCUAUUAUUAAUCGUUUCCUCCUGCAUCUUUUAUAAUACUCCAAAUCUUUUACAUCUUCAUUAUAUCCAAAAUCCACCAUUAAACUACAAGUGUUAUUCCAAUCUUACUAACAAUUUCAACUGUUUACAAUGGUUUUUAAGGUAAAUUAUAAAUUUCCCCCAUUCCUUAUUAAAGUUUUGGUCUUCCUGGUUUCUGAUUCUUCCAGUCAUUUUUGCCAUUGCAGCAUAAUCCAUCAACUUAAUCUGUCAUUCUUCUCUGGUCAGGACUUUGUCCUCUUUUCAUCUCUGGGCCAAUCACAUCCGCACAGCUGCGGUCGCAUACAUAAAUAGUAUUUUCUGCUCCAUUGGGAUUUUGGAACCUAGAAUUCCUAAAAGAAAGGCUUCAGGGGUUUUUUUGUUCUUUUUUUUAACAAACAGUUAUUUUAAACAUUUUCCCCUGGAUUCAUUAUAUAUCAUUUCCCAAAAUUCUUUUACUACCUUACAUGUCCACUACAUAUGAUAGAAUGUGCCACUACCUUCCCCCCUUACAUUGCAAUAAUACUGACCAGCCUUAUAGCAUUAGAAUAAUGGAUGAAAUAAUGUAUAUGCAAUGCACUGAAGGUCUUUAUCCAACUCUAGUUAUCUUUUGUGGUACCUAGCUAGCAGCUCCUGAUAGGGAUAGAAGAACACAAGAGUCGUGUUGGAUCAGAUCAGUGCUUCAUCUUCUCCAGCCAGAUGUUUCUGGGAAGCCUAUAAAUAGGACACAAAGGCAGCAGAUUUUUGCUGUUCUUGGUCCCAGCAGUUGGUAUUCAGUGCCAUGCAGAAUCUGAAUGUGCAGGUUGAAUUUGUGACCAGUAGCCAUGGAUGGGCUAGUAGUUGGUAUUAAGAAACUCAGUUCAACUGGAACUCUGCUCAUGUUCUCAAAUAAUGUCUUUACUUUGGCUCUGCUCUGAGCAAUGAGCAUGGCACCAUUGAAGGGAACCAUGUGAUAGUUCAAGCUAAGUAAACUCCCAUCCAGAGAAGCUCUAGUGGUUCCUACAAAAUAGCCUAUCCAUAAUAGCUGGGGAAUUCCCUGGGGAAUUUUCCCACCAUAAACUAGUGUGCAUGGUUGAUGAGAUGAACUUUAGAAGUUUAUGGUCCAUGUCACGUGGGAGUAGGUAGCCUGUGUGAAUUACAUCCAUUAUCCAUUUUGCUAUUUUCACUUCCAGUAUUGGUGCUUCAAGCUGAUAAAGAAGUUUCACAUGCAAACGUUUUGGAGAUCUCAGGCCACAGGGAGGUUAGGCUGGCCUCAACCAGAGCCAGGGCUUUUUCGGCUGUGGCUCCAAUCUGGUGAUCUGGUGGAACGCUCUGUCACAAGAGACUAGGGCCCUGCGGGACUUGACAUCUUUCCGCAGGGCCUGCAAGACAGAGCUGUUCCACCAGGCCUUUGGCCAAGGCACAGUCUGACCCCCUCCUUUGGCACUCCUCACAGAACUCUAACUCAAUGGUUGCCAUUAAUUUAAUUUGAAGUGAUUUUAUAAUGAAAUGAUUUUAGAAUGUUGUAUUAUUUUACUGUCGUUAGCCGGUCUGAGCCCGGUUUAGGCUGGGGAGGGCGGGAUAUAAAUAUUAUUAUUAUUAUUAUUAUUAUUAUUAUUAUUAUUUAGGUUGAUCCUUGUUGCUUCCUGCUUAUAAGAGAAAUAAGCAAGGCAAUAUUGGUGUUUCUAAACUAAAAAUGUGCAUUGCAACUAGGUCUGCAGAGUUCACUCAUCUCUAGAAAAGAUACCCAGACCGACAUUUCUUCGAAUGUAUCUGUAAGAUAUUAGUUGACAUGUGCACAUGCACUAAUAGUGUGGAUAACAACAUCCUCCACGAUGUCUGCAAGAGACGCAUCCAUUAAGUUCUGUAGGGACUGGAUAUGAAUGGCAAUGCACAUCUGCAUCCAUAUGCAUGUGAGUGCACAGAUAUCACUUGCUAGAGUACACAGAAACCUGUCUUAUACAGAGUCAGACCAUUGCUCCAUCUAGCUCAGUAUUGUCCACAUGGACUGUCUGGCAAUGGCUUUCCAGGGAUUCAGACAGGGGUCUCCCAACCUUACCUGGAGAUGACAGGGAUUGAACCUGGAACCUUCUGCAUUUAAAGCUGAUGCUCUACCACUGAGCUACAACCCUUCUGAUUGGAAGUAUGAUUGUUGGAAGUAAAACAACAGUGCUUGCAGUAAGUUACAUGAACCAGUGGGGGACCGAUAGAAAAGACAAUCUAGGGAAGGGUUACCAGACGUCCCCAUUUCCUGGGGACAGUCCCCGGAUUUGCAAAUAAGUCCCCGGACAUAUUCCAUCCCUGGAAUUUCCCCAGAUUUCAUCUAAUGUCCCCGGGAAAUGCAGCAGCGGCAGUCUCAGCAGCCCGGAGCAGUUGUCUCUGGCUGGCUUCAGGAGCUGCUCGGAAGUCCCCAUCUAGGGUGGAUCUAAACACAGGAAAAACAGCUUUAAAUAAGUCAGAAAUUAGAUCGUUUUAACAAAAGAAAAAUAUGUUGUUGUUGUUGUUUAGUCGUUUAGUUGUGUCUGACUCUUCGUGACCCCAUGGACCAGAGCACGCCAGGCACUUCUGUCUUCCACUGCCUCCCGCAGUUUGGUCAAACUCAUGCUGGUAGCUUCGAGAACACUAUCAAACCAUCUCAUCCUCUGUCGUCCCCUUCUCCUUGUGCCCUUCAUCUUUCCCAACAUCAGGGUCUUUUCCAGGGAGUCUUCUCUUCUCAUGAAGUGGCCAAAGUAUUGGAGUCUCAGCUUCACAAUCUGUCCUUCCAGUGAGCACUCAGGGCUGAUUUCCUUAAGAAUGGAUAGCUUUGAUCUUUUUGCAGUCCAUGGGACUCUCAAGAGUCUCCUCCAGCACCAGAAUUCAAAAGCAUCAAUUCUUUGGCGAUCAGCCUUCUUUAUGGUCCAGCUUUCACUUCCAUACAUCACUACUGGGAAAACCAUAGCUUUUACUAUAUGGACCUUUGUUGGCAAGGUGAUGUCUCUACUUUUUAAGAUGCUGUCUAGGUUUGUCACUGCUUUUCUCCCAAGGAGCAGGCGUCUUUUAAUUUCAUGACUGCUGUCACCAUCUGCAAAAUAUAUAUAUAUGGAAAACUGCAUUUAAAAUUUCCUGCUCUCUGGUGCCAUCUGGUGUUGCAUGUUUAUAGUGCAUCCAAUUAUAGUUCAUCCAAUUCGCCGUUUCUUUACUAAUGAGCCGAGUAGCUAUUCUUUCCUUGCUGAUUCUUUCCUAACUUCUUACACAUUGUUUUCUCUUUAUUUAUUUCCUGCUUCUUCUUCAGCCUGUGAGUGUUGAGCCAUCCUUUUAUUAACCUCAUCACUCCACGAUGGCCAUAGUUAAGCCUAUACUCAGAAUGGCUUUGUUUGCCAGGAGUAUUAAACCUUCUUUAUUCUUUCAACCUGCAGUCUCCCCAGACUAUUUAUUUCUGCACUCCACUGCAAUCUAUAUCUCUUUACCAAACUCCGAUUGUGGCAACAAGGUCGAAAUUGGACAAGAUGUCUAAUGAGACAAGCAUUUAAUACCCCUCGAAAAUGACUCGGCUAAACUCAAGCGCUGGGCUGGCUGUGAAUCCAUCCCUGUCUCUUUACUCACAAUUCUACAAUGCUCAUAAGCCAGAUGGACUGCGAAUCUUGGUUAGGUGUCACAAGACCUUUUGCAACAGGGUCAUUCCAUGAGUGGAGUUAUGAUGCCGAUCUAGUCGGCAGCUGCACUUCGUCAAAACAUUUGGCAGCUAAAGUGCUCGGCCAAACGGAGCAAGAAAUAAUGAUCAAACAUCUCCAAGGAAAUUGCUUGCCACUAGUGUCAGAAAGGCAAGCAGCGAGUAGCGGCAAACGGGGUGUUGUGAGUGUGUCAGGGCUGUGUUCCAGCAGAUGUGAUACACCUUCUGGUUUUAUUACGCCUGACUAGAUUAUCCCAAGCCUUUAUCAACUAAGAAAAGAGAGGGGAGACCUGCAGGUCCUUUGUCAGUAUUACUUUGCUCAUAGAGCCAGAUCGGACGUAGUGUUGACUGACUGCUUAAGAAUUCAAAGAGGACACGGCGGGAUGGCAAAACCCCUCCCCUCCCUUUAGGAGUGCAAAUUUUCCCAACUGCUUUAGCCAUGCUUAAACAUUGCACACUUCCAGACUGUCCUUGCUUCAUGGGUGGGAUUCAUGCCCAGAUUUGGGGUGCACAAUUAGUGCGGAUCUGGCACUCUCGGGCUACAAACCUGCUUCCAAGAAAAGAAAGGGAAAAUGGACUUUUGCAGUAAGGAAAGUGAGGCAGAAAGUGUCCUGCAGAGUGUGACGGCUAGUGCUUGAUGUGACAUGACUUAAGCCUUCCCUGCCAAACAAAUCAGAAUGACUGUGCCAUAAGCAGCUAACUUAAUACAACCUUUCUGAAAACUUUGCACAAGCAAAUCAGAGGAGUGCUCCAUAAACAGGUUGCCUGGAAGCACCCAUUAUGUUGACAGUGUCAUAGACUACUGAUAAGGCCAAUAAUGCAUAUUCAGCACACCUUUGAGUAUUAGAUACUGGGAAGAAUCACAGGUUCUUGAAUGUGCUAGGCUGGUUGCUGUUGGAUCUUUUCCAAAGGUUUGCCCAGUUCAGGUGAUGGGAUACAGGGAGUCAACUGCCAGGGAUUAUUUAGCUGUCAUUCCCCAUUGCAGAGAGUUCAUUUGGGCUCCUUCGAACUCUACAAUUCUAUGAUUCAAUGAACUAUGAAUGAAAUAUUGGAGAGAGCUUCGUUUGGUGAAUGCUCAGUAAUUUCAAGGAGAUCCUUCCUCAAUCUCUUGUGAUAAGUAGAUGCUGAACUGCUAAUCUGAACAUUCACUUUGAUCAGUGAGCAACAGCUGUUUUUGUAGAGAUGGCUGGAUGUCAGGCAUAGAAAAUAACGUUUUUUCUCUCAACUCUGGCAUUAUACCAGGACUGGCUCUGGCUUUGGGUGAUUCUUGGACCUAGACAGGCUUCAUAGUGGUCUCAGGAUGAGAAUAAAUAUUGGGUGCCCUGCCCAAUUCCAAACACACUAAUCUCUGCUGUCAACUGUGCUUUGUUGUCAGAUCGGGAUCUGGAAAAUGCAGUUACAAAGAAUCCUGCAAACACUGGUUGCUCAGAAUUAGGGUUGUCAUAUUUCAAACAGUGAGAAUCUGGACAGAAAAAGUUGUUGAGCUUUUUUUUUAGUUUUCCCCAAAGUUGUUGAACUUUUUCUGCUGCUUGCUUAAAUGGGCAUUGGGAGUGGUAUGGCAUUCUGACAGCUUAAGAAACAAAACAAUGAAUGGCCUUAGUUAAGAAGUUGAGCAGGGUUUCAUAAGUGAUGAGACUGUACAACAGGACUCAUGCACAGAUAGGUUUGGAAAAUCUAGAACAGGCAGGAUCACCCAGAACAGAAAUUGAAGUUCUUUUGGCCUGUAAACUGCAGUUAGCGCAAAAUGCUGCAGCACAAUGGUUUGUUUGUUUGUUUACUACAUUUAUAAUAUUCUUUACCUUCCAAAGAGCUCAAGGUGGUGUACAUGGUUCUCCCAGGGCGGAGGAAGGGGAGUGGGGGUGGUCCGCCUCAGGUGUCACCACUGAGAGGGGUGACAAAAUGGCGGGCGGCACUCACAGCGGGUCCUGCAGCGCACCUUAGCCACAUGUUUCUCUUGGGAGUGACGUGGUAGCUUGGGUGCCCGCAGGCCCUGCGCUGCCCCAAACAGUCCGCCCGCCACCUCCCCCUCAGCUAUAGGGCGGCUGAAUGGGAGGAGGCAGGCAGACUCCUCAGAGUCCCUGUGGAGUGUCCUGCCCCAGCUCGCCCCACCCCGCAGGUUGCUGCCUCCGCCGCUGGGCACAGGGCAUGUGCACCACCCCAGGUGCCCGAUAGGCUUCCUCCACUGCUGGGUUCUCCUCCUUCCCAUUUUCAUCCUCACAGCAACCCUAUGAGGUAGGUUAGGCUAAGAGAUGGUGACUGGCCCAAGGUCGCCCAGUGAGCUUCAUGGCUGAGUGGGCAUUCGAACCCUGGUUUCCCAGGUCAUAGUCCGGCACUCUAACCAGUAUGCCACACUGACAUUUGUGCUCAAAUAUAUUCACUGCCUGCCAGUGAACUACUGGGCUGAGUUCAAGGUGCUAUUAUUGAUAUAUAAAACACUUAACAGCCUGGGACCAGUUUCUUUAUAGAUUAUGUUAUACAGUGGUACCUUGGGAUUAUGUUAUACAGUGGUACCUUGGCUUAAUUUGUUCUGGAGGUCCGUUCUUAACCUGAAACUGUUCUUAACCUGAGGUACCACUUUAGCUAAUGGGGCCUCUGGCUGCCGUUGCGCCACCGGAACACGGUUUGUGUUCUCAUCCUGAAGCAAAGUUCUCAACCCGAGGUACUAUUUCUGGGUUAGCGGAGACUGUAACCUGAAGCGUAUGUAACCUGAAGCGUAUGUAACCUGAAGCGUAUGUAACCUGAAGCGUAUGUAACCUGAGGUACCACUGUAUGCUGAUUUGAACACUUCAACAAGACUAUUGAAAAGGUGAUCUCCAGUUGAUCAUCUUGCAGUGGAUAAACUUAGUGGCCAAAUGAAAACUGGAAUGCUGAGACCUAGUUAGGCUGGAUCAUGUUCUUUUUCUUUUCAUUUACACCUCCUUAUUUCCUCCAAGGUGUUCAAGAUGCUGUACAUGGUUCUCCUUCUCCCUAUUUUAGUCUCGCAACAACCCUGUGAAGUAGGUUAGGCUGAGAGACAGUGACUGGCCCAAGGUCACCCAGUGAGUUUCAUGGUUGGGUGGGGAUUUUAAUCCUGGUCUCCCAGGUCGUAGUCCAUCACUCUAACCACUAUGUUAAGUUGGAGGAAGAUCAGCACAAUGCUUCCCUGUGGCUUCCUGAUUUUGGGUCUGAAACUUCUGUUUAAUGCCUUGAGUGAACUUCUAAGCAGCCCCUCUGUCCCUCCAGGAGUCCAAGUCUCACAGCCUCGGCCAACACAGCCAACAGUCAGGGAACAUGGGAGCCGUAGUCAAAUAACAUCCAGAGAACUGCAAUUUCGCAUACAGUAUCUGUUUUAGUGCUUAACAGACUGGUUCUUUUCCACUGAACAAGGCAGGUCAAGUAUACAGACCUGUGAGCUGAGAGUGCACCAGACUGUCUCUAAAAAUAAUUAGGUGCCACUGUUUAACAACCUGAUAAUCAUUGUUUCAACACAAGGCUAAUUGGAUUAUCAUGUUAAUAAGCAAUAUGAUAAUACAGUUCUUAUUACUUUGGAUAAUUUUAAUCACUCAUUAAAAGGCACAGGGCAUUAUUACCUAGGUAAUGAACAGAUGCAGGGAUAUGUCAACAGCUUUCUAUAUUAUUUUAUGCAUAGUUCAUUAAGUAAUAAACAUUUGAAACUGCACAGGGGAACUCUGUGACGGCUCAAGGAGCCAGCAGCAGAAGGUUUGGCAGUUUGCAAACAAUUACGGAAUGCCGCUUUCUGCCUCGGAGACGGGGCUAAAAUUUACAGAAAAUGAAAACAAAAAUAAAAAUACGUAAGGGGUGUUAUAGAGGUAUUGUGGCUGUUCUAUCAAAAUCAACGCAGAUUGUGGUCUGCUGGCAAGAAAGAAAAAGAUAGUAAUCGAGUGUUAGGAAGCCAGUCAUGCUGACCAGUCAAUAUUUUGUUAAUUGAAUGCUCAGUUACCUGUUUAUUAUUUGAUCACUCGCAAAAUGCUCAUCGUUAUCAUGGGCUGGAUAUAUGUGGAGUUGUGGAGGCGAUUAUGGGGGCUACAAUUUGUGCAUUCUAUGAACAUCCACAGAAUCUGUGCUGGUGGCUGAGCCACCCAGUGUCAGAAAGUGUGAGUGAACGUCAUUUCCUCUUGCAGUGCUUAAAAGCAAAUGUUGAUUCUGCCAUCCCUAGGUUGUUACCUGCCAAACUCUGAUCCACCUAACACAGAAAUGGCCAACCAGCAACCGAGCAUUGUGUUAAUAAUGUCUGAUCUCCAUUCAUUUAUAUUUUGACUUUGUCUCGCCUGCUGUGUUAUGCCUGAAGCAAUUUGCUCUGCGCUUUUUCUGACGAGGGCUUGCUCAUGGCACACUGCAGUUUGGAUUGGGUAGCUCUGUCUGCUGAAGGGUGAGCAGUACUAGGGAAGGGGUCAUAGCUCAGUGGCAGAAUGUGUGCUUUGAUCCCUGGCACCUUCAGUUUUAAAGGACCAGGUAGCUCUGGAGAGGUGCUGUAGGUUGGAGCGCACAAAGUACUGAAUUGGAUAGUAAAAGGUAAAGGACCCUUGGAUGGUUAAAUCCAGUCAAAGGUGACUAUGGGAUUGUGAUGCUCAUCUUGCUUUCAGGCCGAGGGAGCCAGCAUUUGUCCACAGACAAUUUUCCGGGUCAAGUGGCCAGCAUGGCUAAACCACUACUGGCACAUGGAGGACUGUGACGAGUGCCAGAGUGCAUGGAAACGGUGUUUACCUUCCCACCACAGUGGUACCUAUUUAUCUACUUGCACUGGCAUGCUUUCAAACUGCUAUGUUGGCAGGAGCUGGGACAGAGGAAUGGAAACUCACCCCAACAUGGGAAUUCAAAUCGCCGACCUUCCAACCAGCAAGCCCAAGAGGCUCAGAGGUUUAGACCAUAGCGCCACCCGCAUCCCUUGAACUGGAUGGACAGAUAGUUGGAUGCAUUUUUCAGCAGUUUCCUACGCCUUGCAGCAAGGAGUCCAACUGAGGUUGUAUUUUGUCAUUUUUAACAUGAUCCUGGAAAAGGGCAAAAGAAAGAUGGAGACAAUUUACAAGCCACCACAUUCUCCUUUGCAACCCUCCUCCCCAUCCUUCUGCCUACCUGUGGGGAGAUUGUUUUUAAAUAGAUCACCUAUAUAUAAAUCGUGCAGCGCAAACUAGCAUUGUCUUGUGAGCUUGUGCAUGAAAAUGCAAUUUUUCAAAGAGGUUCUCCCCCCUCCUUGCUCCCUAUUGCCCAGGCUAUAUUUCAUGCCAUGUUCAAAUGGGAUCUGGGUCCGUGUGGAAUGAGAGUGGGGGGAACCUCAGCAUAUUUCUCGUGAUGGGUCACUUUGCUGCAAAGGGCUUUUCCAGUGGGCCUUGUUCUUUGCUACUUUAUCAUGCCAGCAAUGCUGAGGCAGCGUAAAAGCCAGCCAUGCCCUGUCAGCUCUGAUGAAGUAUUCUGUAGCUCCAAUUGUAACAAAACUGUUUCCAUACUUCUUCCUCCUUGUUGUUACUGUGGCAAAGCACACUGUCCCUUGCAUCCCAUUCUGACAGCACAGAGAAUGUGCACUGGUAUAAUAAAUGGCGAUCUGCCAGGGAAAAUCUUACUGAAGCUUUGCUUGGGGGUGGAGAUGGGGAACCCAUGGUCAUAUCUUAGUACGGUAUUCAGGUCUAAGACUUAAUUCAUAUGCAGAGAAUGCUGCAAUGUGGGUUACUGAAUGAGCUGCUUGUUGAUCUCAUGGUGUUGAUUCAUGCUCUUGAGGGUGGUUGCUGCUGCCUGGCAGAUUCUCCAUGGCAGGAGACAGACUGCAGUGUGCAAACCAAAGGUGAUAGGAUAGAAGCACCAUUGUCCACGGAGAAGCAUCAGUGUUCAUGGAGUGAAUCUUUAUUUCAUAUUUACAGGCUUUGCAGGCUUUUUGGGUAGCACUUCAAAAACCUGCCAAAACCAUUUGACAAAUGGAAAUACAAUAAACGCAGAAAGUGAAGGGUGCAUCACCUUAAAACUCUCCUAAAUGUGGUGCCCCCAGCCUGGGUUCCUUGCUGCCAUCCUUGCGUGAGAUGCAUGUCUCUAUAUGUAGGCAAACGACUCCUCCAUGCACAGGGGGAGGAAAAUAAAAUAAAACCUUUCUGGGAUUGAAAAGUGGCAAGAGAAGUUAGAGCCGGAAGUUAGAGUGAAAUGCUCUGUCCAAGAAGGAGUGGAAGACACUGGGGCAAACCCAAAAUGAUGGUAAAAGGGAGUUCAGAUGGGCAAGAUGAGGAUGAGGAGCAAAGCGCCUCGUGAACAAAGACUCUCCUCCCUGGAAGAGAGGGGAGUGGUUGUGGGCGGGAGCCCGAGCACCGCCCCUAGCAGGGGGCAUUAGCCCCCUGCCUCCUCCUCUCACCUGGCUGGCGCCCACGCCCCCUUGGCAGGCAUCCAACCAGGUGCCUUCAAGGGGGCGUGUUCAGCAGCCUUUUGUGGCGGUGCCAGCCUCUCCUCGGCCUCAUUCUUCUCCAUCCUCUCGUCGUGAGUCAUCAGCUAGGAGUCAUCACACUCAUCACAGGGAAGAGCCACGAGGUUUGGAGUCGGGGGGGGGGGGCGGUGUGUGUGGAGGCUGCCUGGUUCCUGGCUUGCCUUUUAACUUUAGGAGGCUUGCGUGCACUCAUUGCUUUACUGCUUUUAAAAACCCAGGCACCCAAGUUUGCCUUGCUGUGUCCUCUUUUCCGUGUAAAAACCUACAUUUAACCUUCUAUUUCCCCCCACUCCUGGUGCUUGAUUUGUUUGUGCGGUCUGAGUGCGAAUUACCUUCCUUAAGCUGCAGCUUGUUCCCUUGCCCAGCACGUGCCCCCAGGGUUCCUUGCUGCCAUCCUUGCGUGAGAUGCAUGUCUCUAUAUGUAGGCAAACGACUCCUCCAUGCACAGGGGGAGGAAAAUAAAAUAAAACCUUUCUGGGAUUGAAAAGUGGCAAGAGAAGUUAGAGUCAGAAGUUAGAGUGAAAUGCUCUGUCCAAGACAGAAGGAGUGGAAGACACUGGGGCAAACCCAAAAUGAUGGUAAAAGGGAGUUCAGAUGGGCAAGAUGAGGAUGAGGAGCAAAGCGCCUCGUGAACAACUUGCUCCAAAAAGGAUUGGAAGUAGACUAAGGCCUUUUGAGGCACCACCUUCAGGUGACCUGAAGGUGCACUGCUUCCUUGCUAGUUUUCUAUAUGCAGGGAGUUGUUGUUUUUGCUGUAAGCAGGUGUGGACCUUGGUAAUAUGCCACCUUAUUGAGGCCAUGGGCUCUUGCUGCUGUUGGGGUUUGGGAAGGAGGUGUGAGGCUCUGACAGGGUCCUAGAGCCCUCCCAUCUCCUUCCCAAUGCCCAGUAAGCACUUGCCCAGCUUGGGGAUGGAGGAAGGAAGACUCCAGUACCCAGUCAGAACAUUCAAGCCUCCUUCCUGAAACCGAGCAAGUGCUUACUGGGAUUUGAGAAAGUGCCCUCCUCGGCUGCGCGCCUGGUGUGACUACAUAGCUUUGUUGUUGUUGUUGUUGUUUAGUCAUUUAGUCGUGUCCGACUCUUCGUGACUUCAUGGACCAGAGCACGCCAGGCACUCCUGUCUUCCACUGCCUCCCGCAGUUUGGUCAAACUCAUGCUGGUAGCUUCGAGAACACUGUCCAACCAUCUUGUCCUCUGUCGUCCCCUUCUCCUUGUGCCCUCCAUCUUUCCCAACAUCAGGUUCUUUUCCAGGGGGUCUUCUCUUCUCAUGAGGUGGCCAAAGUAGUGGAGCCUCAGCUUGACGAUCUGUCCUUCCAGUGAGGACUCAGGGCUGAUUUCCUUAAGAAUGGAUAGGUUUGAUCUUCUUGUAGUCCAUGGGACUCUCAAGAGUCUCCUCCAGCACCAUAAUUCAAAAGCAUCAAUUCUUCAGCAAUCAGCCUUCUUUAUGGUCCAGCUCUCACUGCAUAGCUUGCACCACCCUAAAUCCAGCUCUGCUGUAAGGGGCUACUCAGCGAUGCAGUUUCCCAGGCCUGCCAGCAGCACCUGAAAGCUUAUGCCAGCUGCCUGGACCCCAGUGCCCUAGCAGAGCCCCCCAGUUCUGAUGUGUGCCUUGAGCCCCUUACAGUGGGCAGGCUCCAUUUAAAUUUCCCACAAUGCCUUGGAACAACACUGUGCUAAGCACCCCAAGCAAUGUGGGAAAUUGAUGGCAGCCACCAGCCACUGGGGCCACCAUCACUUGCAGCUAAGUCUGGGGGGGGUGUCCCUCAACAUAAGAAGGAGCACUGAUCCCCAGGUCCGUUGCCCCAAGGCCCACUCAGAUAUGGAGGCAGCUUUGCCACCUCCCACCUGGAUUAUGAAAUAGAAGAGCAGAACUAGGAGGGCUUUUAAUUUUGGAGGACUCACUGUGGGCUUUUGCCACAAUGGGAACUGGCAACUUCUGGAGCAAGGACCACACCUAUUGGUCUAUUGUAGAUGCUCUCCCGUUCCAUUAAAAAGGCAUUCGCAUGCGUUUGCCUCUUAUUUCAGUGACAUGUUAGGAUGUGCUUUGAAUAUUAAAAAAGGGUAAAAUAAACUUUGCACAUUUAAUUCCUCACUCAGCUGACAUGCUGAUCAAAUCUACAAACAAUUUCAGUGAUAGCUUUGUACUCUAAAUGGUUUUAAUGGACUAAACUGGCUUGAUGAUCGCUGAACGGAAGAUAUUGUUAUAUCUACAUGAGUCACACAUUUGGCAUGAAUAUUUUACAUUUUAUAGUCUUGGGAUAUGAAAAGCAACAUUUAUUAACAUUUCUGGCACUGUUUAUAUACAUGUCUGCUGGCUUCAUCUGCUUGCUUAAAAAGCUGGUUGAUAUUAAUGACGUUUGUUUGCCAGACAAUUCCACAUUUGUUCUCUUCUCAUUGUCUGCAGUCUGUUGGCAUCAUUGUUUCUAGACUCAUUACUUCUCCAGAGUUACAAAAGGACAGCAACAAAAGGCAUUUGCUCAUUUGCAUCUAAAGUAGAACCUCCUUGAUCCAUGGCAGUAUACCCUGAUGUAGCAGAUGCCAAGGACAAACACUUCAGUUUUCCUGGUCUGCUUGUAUGCUUCAUGGAGGCAAUCUGGCUAAGAAGCAAGUUGUGCAGUGGUACUGUCAGAGCAGAAAUUCAGGGCAGAAGCCCAGGUCCACACUCAGCAGAAUGAGCUGGAGACCCCCCAAAUACAGCAAAUAAUUAUCAAAUGUGACAUCUGAUGACUGAGGAGGGGACUAUCUGCAUCCCUAACAGGACAGAUUUAAACCUCUCAUCCCAACUCAGUACUACAUAUACUUUGAUGGGGAGAAGGGUGGUCAUCCAGCUCCUUGGCUGGGGAUUAGCCACCUCUGCUAUAAUGGAUAUCAUAGAAUGAUAGAGUAGGAACGGACCCAGGGGUCAUCUAGAGCAGUGUUCCCCAACCUUGGGCCUCCAGCUGUUUUUGGACUACAACUCCCAUCAUCCCUCGCUAGCAAGACCAGUGGUCAAGGAUGAUGGGAAUUGUAGUCCAAAAACAGCUGGAGGCCCAAGGUUGGGGAACACUGAUCUAGAGCAACCCCCUGCUAUGCAGGAAUCCCAGCUAAUUUCGUGGCCUUAGUGGUGAUGUUGACUGUGGUGAAAAAGCCUGUGGCAGUGAUUGGCUGAGUUGCCUGAUUCUCACAGUAGGCCAGGCAUGGCAGAAUAGAAGGAGAUGUUAGAGAAGACACCAGGCUCCAGACCAAGGGACAAAGUGCCAAAGAUUUGAAGGUUGUAAAAAAGGCAUGGAGAAACAUGGACCACUUAUAAUAUCUAACUCCUCGAAAGAUUCCAUCAACAGUGUCACCGAAAAUGUUUACACAUCACUUGGGAAGAUAGGCAAACUAAUGCCAAUGUAGUGGAAGAAGAAAGAUCACCAGUGUUGAAGCAAUGAUUCUUCAACAUCAGCUUCAUUGGACUGAUCAUGUUGUGUGGAUACCUGAUUAUUGUCUUCCAAAGCAACUAUUCCGAACUAAAAAAUGGAAAGCGUAAUGUUGAUGAUCAACAAGGGAUUUAAAGACUCUCUCAAGGCAAAUCUAAAAAUAUGUAGAAUAAACAUUAGCAACUGGGAAACAUUGGCCUGUGAGCACUCCAAUUGGAGAACAGCCUCUACCAAAGGCCUCUUCAAAGACUUUGAAGAUGCUCAAACUCAGGACAAAAGGGAGAAACGUGCUAAGAGGAAGGCAUGCUUGGCAAACCCUCACCGUGAUCAACUCCUGCCUGUAAACCUAUAUCCCCACUGUGGGACGUGUGGAUCCAGAACUGGCCUCCACAGUCACUUACGGACCCACUGUUAAAACCGGGCUUAUGGAAGACAAUCUUAUUCAGCUACAAGUGAUUGCCAAAGAGAUGAGGCAGAGAGUGAAAGGGAUGAGGAUCACACAUCCUACUUUGCAAAGGUUAGCCCUCUUUUUGAAGGGUUGUGGGGUUUGAGUCUGGUUUAAAGGUAAAGAACCUUAGACGGGAGAGCACCUUGAAGUAAUAAUAAUAAUAAAAUAAUAAUAAUUUAUUAUUUAUAUGCCACCCAUCUGACUGGGUUACCCCAGCCACUCUGGGUCGCUUGCAACAAAUUAAAACACAGUAAGACAUCAAACGUUAAAAAUUUCCCUAUACAAGGCUGUCUUCAGAUGUCUUCUAAAUCAACAGCUGACCCACAGGCCAUUGCCUUCUACACAUGGGAGGUACUGCAUUUCUGUUUGAAGGACAGCAAUUAUUACUAAAUUUGCACCUGUACAUAUAAAUGAGCAAAGCUUAUGGGAAAGUGUGCCUUGAUUUCUCUCCCCCUCUUUUUGUCUUUUCCUUUUUGGUGGGGUGUAUGACGCCAUCCUAACAGAAAUAAGUAUUUGUAAGAAAAAGUAGGAGAAAGAACAGGCAGGGAUGGGAAAUGCAUGCAGCUGGGAGCUGCAGAAGUGACAGAUUGUACUGCAACAUGGAAGAUGCUUUAAAUUGCUUGUCAGUUAAUGAAGUUUGAGUGUGUGUCAGCCAGCCUCUGUUCCAGGGGUUGAGCUAGAAGACCUUCAGGUGCCUCCCGGUGCUACAGUUCAAGGCUUGCUCGAUUGAAAACAAGUUGCCACCGAGUUCAGUUCGCGGCCCUGUGUCUGGUUCAUUACAUCUGGUUUCACCAGUCACAUUUUGUUAGACCUCUGAACAAUCAUCUGUCUUUGUGACAUUUCACUGGAAGAAACCUGUUAUCCAUUGAAGAACAGGGCGGUUGGGGGAGGAAAAGAAAUGUUCUGAGCACAACGGAGAGGAGAGCGGAGAAGAAAAACACACCAUCUAGUUGCUAAAUGAAAAAUGUCAGGACGUACUUCUUCCUUUCAAGUACUUGUUUUCAAGUUUUAAAAAGAAAUACUGAAUUAAUUUAUUGCUGUCAGAAAGAUCAGUUAAAUCAGAAGUCUUCAGGCAAAUAAUUCUGAGAAAUCUCGCCGACAGAAGUGUCAUUUCCUUCUUUUAUUUUGUUAAAAACACACACACACACACACACACCAAAACACUCUCUUAUCCCUCCAACAUCUGCUUACAGAAUUGCACUGAGAUUGUGAACAAAAAGCAACAUCUUUUAAGAGAACUCCCCCCUGCAUUGUUUUCCUUUCCUCUGUCUCUGGGGAAUGCCUCCAACAGCAGUAAGCAAACUUCAUAACUAAUCUUUCAAGGGGGGGGGAUCUACAAAAGAGGGGGGAAGAGACUUGUUUCCUUCCUGAAAAUGCUUUGUCUUCAUACAUUAUGAAGAGAAUUAAGAAGGCCAUUCCAUGUUGCAGUCACACCGCAGAGAAGCAGAACUGUUUCAAUUAAACAUAUGAGGAUCUCCGACUAAGGAAAAGGAUAUCAGUCGCUGGGAAUCAAAGUUGGGCAGUGUGCCACUUCACUCAGGUUCCGUUUCAUAAAAUCAUAGAACUGGAAGGGAUCCUGGCAAUCAUCUAGUCCAAACAAACAGCUUGCGGGCUUCUCAUGAGCAUCUGAUUAGCCACUGUGAGGACAUGAAGUUGGGGUAGAUGGGCCUUUGGUUCAGUUCAUCAGGGGACUUCGUCUGUUCUUGUCUGCUUUGCACCAGAGCUAGCUCACCAUUCUCCAUUCCGACUUGCUGUGGAUCACGGGUAGAAGUUUGCCCUGAAGUGUAGGUGGGUUCCCACAAGACAAGACACAGUGAUAACAGCAAGAACAAACAGAACAGGACAACAGGGGCUAAGCAACCGCUUAUAUACAUUUCUUAAGGCCUCAGACACUCCCACUCCCAACGUGAUUGGCUGUCCAAACUUCCAAGCUGCGAAUCAAAAGUCAGAAUCCUGAAAUGUUCUGUGAUUGGAUAUCAUGUAUCGAAUCAGAACACAGGGGCUCAGAAUCCUUAGUCCAGCCUCAAGCUUAGGCAAACACAGACCACUGAAUACAUAACACCCCCCAUCACUUUUUGCACUCUAAGCACGGGCUCCGAUCCCUCCCCAGGGAGGAGAAUAUAAGGAAGUGGCAAUUAGAAAAAGAACCUCCUGUUUUUUUGCCAUUGUUGGCGCAGAGCAACUGACUGUUGCUCCUCCUUGGAAAGCCAAGUCGGAGCCCCUAAUGGACACCUGGAUUAAUCCCGUCUGGAACACAGACAUGGAUGGCCUUACACAGAGAAGGAGGGCUUUAAAGGGUGUCUCAAAAUGGGACAGCUUUGAUUUCUGUUCUUUUGCUUCAUAAAGAAGGGACAGCGUACUCUAUAUCUUCCGGCCUGUCAAGCCCCUCCAUGGAGAGGCUGUAUGGGAGUUGACUGAAAGCAGGGUAAUGCAUGAGGCACAGGAUUCUUUCAACAGAAUGAAUCACAGCAUGCAUGAGAGCAGAGUGCUUACCAAUAUUACACUGGUAGAUACUUUCCCUGUUUCUUUGCUGUGUUUUGCUUUGUACGGGCUUGCAACUGAAAUGAUUCUGCGUGGUUUUAUAUUUGUUGUUGGUAGUGUUUAAUGAAAAUAAUAAUAAAUGGUUUUCUUUAAAAAAGGAAAAAUAAUGCCUUUAUAAGCAAGCUGUGGUUUCUUGAGCAUUCAUCCUCAUCUGUUUGCAGGGAGAUUAGAUGAUAUUGCCUAUUUAAUGAGCAUCUAUUUUUGAUUUGCUUGUGGGGAGGGUAGAUGAUGUUGCCUCAAAAAAGUGCUAUCCCACACUUCCAGGUCCGUUUUCCUGUCACUUAACUGUGUUUUUACACAACUGAAUUUGCGGGGAUGUGAUUAAAUCCUGCCCCCCCCCAAAUAGUGGCAGUCUGGAAGCAACCUGUGUGUGGCUGUGCACACCAUGAAGAAUUAGCCUGCAGCCAUAGCCUUGAGCUCCCCUUUCAAAGGUUGAAGCCCUCAGUGAUUAUCAGAUUGAUACUGAGGUCUUACCAAACCUAAACAAAAGGAUUUCCCUUUGAGAGAAGAACUGAAGGAGGAGUAGGAAGAAGGGAUGCUUCUUUCCUUUUCAAUUCUGGCAUGGAAAUGUUGCCCCCUGCAUUUUCAUACCUGCCCCCCCCCAUGCAGGCUCCAAAAUGAGACUUUCUUGCCUCUCUAUCCUUCCCUAAAUAUGCUCCUCUGAGCCCCUGUGCUGGCACCACCACUGGCAGAGGAAGAGGAGUGCACCGUCCCCGGCAGCACGAUCCCUGUGGGGUGCCAUUGCGGCUGCCCCCCCGCCCGUGCUGGGCACCACGCCCCUGCAGACGCCUUGCCCCACCCCCAGGACGUGCGUCAGUCCCGCCACCACCUGCUCUCCACCCUCCGGUGCCGGAGCAUGAAGCUCUGCCACUGGGCACCACAUCUCUACCAAGAUAACAUCUAGUUCCAUCCUAUUUUUUUUAAUAAGCUGUGGGAUGGACAUAUCUGUCAGUUUAUGAUCAGGAUCACUUUUGCAUGUUUCUUACCCAUUAUUGUGCUACAAUAUGCUUCUGGGCUUUUAAAAAAAAUGUUUUGAAAUAUGUGUUUAUUCUAAUCCAUUCUGUUUCAGCCCGAAAUCUCAGUUUACUCUACAAGAUGUACUAUAUAUAUAUGUAAUGUAUUAUAAGACUAUUAAUAAAGCUUGUUACAUUGCAAAAACAAAAAACAAAUAUUACAAGAUGCCAGUAGCCCUCCAAUGGCCACCUUGCAAUGGGUACCCAACCCAAGUAGUCUUGUGUCCCUGAAACCUCUUGCCAGUUGGAGGACUGGGGACCACAUGACAGGGUUCUUCUAUAUCUGAACAGGCAGAAUAUUUGUCUCAAUAAAACUUGAGAAGUGUGAAACUCAGUGGAUAUUGAUUUGCCUAUUAGUUUCAAGAUGUGCAGAUUAGAGGUCAUUUUGCACAGGAAUUGGCAAAGACUAAGUUCAUCAAGGACUGCUGAAUAACCUUUAACUUGUUUUGUGUAAUCCUACCUGGCCAGGAAAGGGGGAACUUGAAGGCAGAUGACCCCCCAAAAUCCAAAGCACUGCUGGUCUUGCCAUGGUAGACCAGAAGGUUAGGUGGGGUGUAAGUUAGCCAAGUUAUUCCUUUAAAAAAAGAUUUCCAUUGUCUGCAAAAUCCUAUUGCCCCCAGGAUGCUCUCCCAGGAGCCAUAGGAUUGUGUUUGUUGAUUUAAGAGCAAUAAAUAAUAUCCCUGUUGAGUAAUGUUAUGAACAGCUUCCCCUGGUUUUUUGUUUCAUUUAUGUUCAACGGGCAACAUUUUCCGACAAGUUUCAGAGACAGCUAAAACCCGAAGCGAAUACAUUUCCAUACACAAAACUAGCUGUGUCCCCUCUAAAUAUCUGAUGUUACCAGUUUAGCUUCUUGCUAUUUGUUAUGCAGUGCUUUGUGCAAGCAGAGAGAGACUCCGGCACAAAGCAUUCAGAAUUGAUAUCCUUCCUUCUUGCUAGGCUCAGCCAAGCCAGGGAGAUUUCCUCGGAGCAAUCUGAGUGCCAAAUACUACCACCCUGUCUUUCAAAAACAUACAAAGCCCUGUAUAUUUGAUAUCUUGUAGGCUCCUGCUUGGCUUCAAAGGGAGAUUAUAUUUGCUGGGCAAGUUGUCGAUAAAACAUAAAAUAUGAAUGAAAUAGUAAUUUUAUGACCGAUACACUGCCAAUGCAGUUGUCACAAGCCUUGCUGUAGCCGGACUUGCCAGGUGGGUAGGGCGAACAUCGUUCUCCCCGCUCAAUGAUUUUUUAUUGUUCAAAAACAUCUCUCUCUCUCUCUCUCUCUCUCUCUCUCUCUCUCAAGCUAAGCCAAGGAAAAAUCUUGAAAAUUAUGAACAUGGUGAAAAACAAAGAACUGAGCAUCGAAGAAGCCCUGGAUUUAGCAGAAAGAGAGAGAAAUGCAGAAGAAAAAGAAGAAAAGCAGAUUGCAUCAUGGGCGGUAAGGUACCCCACCUUCCUUCCAUGUGCAAUAUGUUUACUAACAAAACAUAUUUUAUUUAUUUAUAUUUAUGUAUGAUUUUAUGCAGUAAUCAUACAUAAUCAGAAGCUGAUACUUCUCUCCGCCACAGACUCUCCCAACUCACUAAGUGUCAAGGUGGUGUUCCCUCUUCGCAGUAACACUCCAGUACACUCAGCGUAAUAUUUACAGUCUUUAUUACAUAUAUACAAAAGAACAGCUACAGUUCAAAAUCAUGCGUCCGAGCCUGUCGAGUCAAAUUCGGGGAGUGGCUUCUUUCGAUUCCGGCGCCAGCGAAGUAGGCAUGGAAACCUCAUGAGACGUCUUUGAUCUUUGCGUUUCAUUUCCCUCCUUGCUUGUGCUGAUGUGAAUGCUCCCCCCCUUUCUGAGUCUGAACUUCCUUCUCCCAGCUCUGGUGGGUUAUAGGGCUCUUCCCCAUCUCUGACCCCCUGCUCCACCUGACUACUCUCUGCCCCCUGUUCUGCUUCAUGUGUCAUUUCCCUGUCCUCCUCUUCUGACAGUUCCUGCUCAGAAACCUCCCCUGCUACUGACGGAGCAGCACGUUCUGGCUCUUCCCUGACACUAAGCCCGGUUACCUCUUCAUCUUCUGACACCUGCUCUUUCCCAACCUUCUCCCUCUGAUUAUUCAUUGUCAUCCCACCACCCCGGCCUCUGAGUCUUCUUCCCUUGGGGAUUCCCCAGCUGGCUCCUCCCACCAUUCCUUCACAUCCAACCAGUCGGUGACAUAAUGGGACCCAAACAACUGCCCAAGAAAGUCCAUAUGUUGAUGGCAGGGCUGCAUUCAACCCAUCCGCAUCUUGCCUGGUGAGAGAAGGAAGACUGUCUCUGAUGUAGAAUCUCAUUCUUCCCUGGAAUUUAGCCAUUCCUCCCCUUUCAAGGUGCCCCUCAUCCAUCCGUCAGAGGGGCUCUGAACAAUCUGAGAUUUUGCUCUGUUUCAAUGUUCUAUUCCUUGGGAAAAUGCUACAGGGAAAGCCAAUAAGGCAUGGCUGUAAUUCAUACAUGGCAGCUACUGAUUAUCAUUGUUCGUUGCCUGUUCCUUUUCCUCCUCCCUUCUUUUUGCAGCCCUCUUUUCAUUUCUAUUGUUGUUGCUGCUGCUGCUGUUGUUGUUGUUGUUGUUGUUGUUGUUGUUGUUGCUGCUGCUGCUUCCACCAAUUGUUUGUUGCACAUGCUGUGUGGUGUCGCCCCAGCCUACCUGACGAUGAAAGUUAUGGCUCGUGUUUGGCAGCUCCAGGUCAGCUUGAGUUGCAAGCACAGUACAUAAAAUUGCGCCACUGCAUUGAUACAGCAGCCACAGUAAUUGGCUCCAACAGCAGCCCAUGGAAUCGGGAGUGCUUUCAAUAGCUCUUAGGAGAGCUAUUGAAAGUGUUUACAAUUUGCCAAGUUACUCAGAUUGCAAACAUAAAUAGGAUUAAAUAGGCAACUUUGAUUUGUGAAUAUGGAACACCUUGUUUCUGCAUUAUUCUGAACUAGCGGCCUGCCCUUUAUCUGUCUUGGCUGGUUUGCUUACAGAUCCCUUCCUCUCCCUUUUAUGCUCCAAGUUCCCACUGCUCACAAAUCAUUAGGAUUUGUGGAUGCUGAACACUUCCAAAAAUCAAUCCAUUAAGGUGCUACAAUUCAUCCCAGGGCAGAUGUGCUGCAAAUCAUGGAGACACAAAAGGGAACAGUGCAGUAAGAUGAACAGAAGGAGAGCAAUGACUUAUUCAAGCACGCUAAUCUCUUGCAGGAUUCCCUGGACUUGCCAAACAGCUCGCAAUUCAACUUCAUUGUCUACAAAUAUAACCGCUACCGGUGGCAGAAAAGGAUUUUGCAGGUAACUCUACAAAUGUAACUUCUCCCCUUUUCCAAACACAACAGUUUAUGGGUGAAACUCUCCAUGAUUUGUGUGUUCUAACUUGCAGGUUAUGUGAUGGAUAUCCAUGAUGAGUCUUGCCAAAGUCAAAGGGCCAGGCCAUUCCUUUCCACUGAAUUAUAAGUGGUAAAGUGUUGGAAGUGCAACAGAAGGGAUUAUUCAGUGUGUAACUUAAUGGUUAAUUGCCUUCACAGUAUUAGUCAACUACCCAAGAGGGUGGAGGUGGUGGUGUUUAUGACCAAGCAGCAUGGCGUGAUCUUCACUGAGGUAGCAUGCAUCUUGAGGGAGUUUUUCUUCUGUAUGUUUGGUUGAAUGGCUGCCUGCAAUGUAAGAAAGACAAAACCUCUUUGCUUAUGUCUCCUCAAAUCAUACAUUUUUUGUCCAGAUUUCCUGUGUUACCACAGCACAGUGUAACCAGGAUUUAUUUUCUCUCUUGUCUCCAUCUGUGUUAUUUAAGUGACUUUGCUAAGAUAAAUUUCUUCCUGGACUUCCAGCUGCAGGUGGUAUGUGUGUCUAUGGAAUUUUCCAUCUAAAACAUUUCAGCACCUACAGAACAGGCAGGCCAAUGAAAACGUUUCUUCCUGAUUUACUCUUUUUCUAUGCAGGGAUUUUAUUUUUUCAUGCAUGCAUGCAGUCAAAAGUGUUGAUCCAAAAACAGUGUGUGCGUUUCAAGACAUGGAACAGGAACUAAAGCAGCAAACCUCACACCAUUUCCCAAGUAGUAGGAGAAACUGACCUCAAUCUUUGCAACAAAUUCAUGCACAGUACAAUUGCAUCUCACUUGUGUUUAACUUGUGCGAUUUCAUACAAUUGCACAAGUUAAAUCCAAGGAAGGCGGAGACCUUGAAAGAUCUAUUUGCACUGGGCCUGCUUGGGUUUACUGGUGCAGAAAGAGCUUUUAAGCCCUCUGCCUUACUUUGGGCUGGGGUGUGUGUGGAGUUCAAGGCUUGCUCAGCAUGCUAGUUCUGUGAUGCUUUUGCAAGAUCUCAAGGGUGCUCAGAGUUCUUGUGAGAGCAUCCCUAGUUUUCUCUCUCUCUCUCUUUCCCCCUCAUCUGCUAGCACUGGGGCAGCUCCAAGGGUUUGGAUAUGUGAUUUUCAUGUAUAUACAGAACCCGUGGAACUGAAAACCCAUUUAAGAUGCAAUCAUACCGUAAUAAUCAGGCAUCUUCCACAUCCAUCUUUGGACAGAAUCAGGCAGCGGCAAAAUUAAUUUAGGAUUGUUUUGUUAAAGUUGGCAUUCAGCACAGUUUGAACGUUCACUGUAAUGCACACCCACAAACAGCAAAAAUAAAAUAAAAUGAACCUCUCUCAUCAUUCAUACUUUGACCCCUAAUCAAUUUCCAGUCAAUGGCUUACCAACCAAACCUUUGUUUGCCAUCAGGUUCAUUAGAAGCUCUGCCUCCCUUGCUGCUGAAAUUUGGAAGUAUUUAAUAAUUAGUCGGCAGGAAAUCACAGUGUGUAGGUUUAGUGCUACUGCUUAGCUGUCCAGCCUGGAGUGUGUUCUCUCUUUCAGCCACUUACUACAUUUUCACACAUGAUUAGAAAUCAAUGCUGUGUACUGGAGUGAGACAGUCAAUACUCCUGGCUGUGAUUUUCAUCUCUGACUGUAUCCUGCUGUGCAAACAACUCACAGCACAGGGGAAUUCUUUGUUUGAAGAUACCUCCUUAGCUUGCUUUUCAUUGGUCAUUUCCUAGCAGAAUUACCCUGGUGGAGAGGUGGAAAGUACCUUAGGGCGAGGCAUGAUGUCAUCACUUUUAUUCAACACCAAAACAAGAUAUUCUGGCCCUUUGUGAACAAUACAUCAUGGAUAAUCUUCCAGUGAGCUGCCUUCAGAUAAUCAGAUUGCUUCUGCAUGGUAUCUAUCUUGGAAAGCAGAAGUCAAACUGUGUGAAAGUAUAGCAAUCGACUGGUGUUAUAAUGGCUUGUCUAGCUAUAAGCAACAGCCUGCAAAUACUACUGUCCUGGGAAGAACAGUCAUAAUCAACUCCUUAACCUCUUUUCAGGUUCUGCAUAGCAACUAGAGUCAGAAUGGCUUGUCAGUCGGUACUCAGUGCAUGUAUCUGUUGCCCAGUAAAACUCAACCACAAUAAAUUCAUUUGCCAUAAUAAUAACAAAAAUGGAAGGAAGCCAUUCUCGAGUGGAGCAGAGUUGGCAAUCUCCUCUCCCUCUGGAAGCGAUCUUGGAUCUUUAAGCAGCUGCCCAGCCAAAUUCAAGAGAACAAAUUCAAGGGUAACUUUCCACUUCUCUGUCCCCCCCCUCCAAAUUCCCACAGCAGGAAAAGUUUCAGAUGCCUACCUCUCAAGGCAGUUUACAAUAUAAAAAAUACACAGCUACAGCAUAGCAAAAGCAGUCAAUAGCAAUAAAUUAAACUUUAAAAAAACCAAACAAAAACAAAAAACUGAACCAUUUCCACGUAAAUCACAACGAAACUAAAAUAAAGAUGCAAAACCCCAAUAGCCGCAACAUCCUGGCCCAAGAGUCUGUUCGGCAACCUCAGCUGUUGUAGUCAGUCAGUCAGUCGGUCAGUUAGUUGGGGUCCUUCCCUUCUGGGCCAGGUGGGAAAUGGUCUGCAAGGCAGGGAGUAGGCUUUCAAGUAUUCACAGCCGGAUGGCAAAUGGAUAAUUCAUUUGCUAAUAGUAAGCACCAGCAAAUACAGGGUUAAUUUAGUUCCGGACUGAGCUCAGUAGGGAAGCUCAGUGGGGAGGCUGAGCUUUCAACAUCAAAGCAAAAACAAAGCAGCAAAAGGUUGCCCUUUAGCAUGGCUGGUGGUGUACAAGCCCAGUGGGCUUGGCAGAAGACAGACACCCAAGAUCUGAAGCACCUGGAUUUCAGCUGAUAGGGGCUCGCUUGGAAGCUGCCUGCUCAGCUGUAGUUUCUAAGUGGGUGGAGCAUAGCACAUUUUGCCUUCUUGCUGAAGCAGGCAAGCAGGGGGGCCUGAUCCUAUGUAAGGUGGAGGGAGUAAAGUUCCAGUGCAUUCAAUGAGGCUUGUGUAAGAUUGUGGCCUAAUGCAACUCCUUUCAGUUCAAUUAAAAACAAACAAACUUGAGUUUAUUUUCGUGAGUUAUUAAGCUGAGAUAACAACCCCCACCCAACCUUCCAAUGAUCCCUGUUUUCUGCAGAUUGGUACAUCUUUCAGUCUUUAUUAUUAUUAUGGCCACAGAUCAGUAACUAAGUUACAGUCAAACAAAUGCGAUUUGCGAUUUGCAGUUUACAGAGCAGCAAAAGAGUGUUAGGAAUUAGCAGCACACCAUAAAGAAGGACUAAGUAAUGUGUGUGCGUUGUCACUCUUAGAAUGCAUCGCUGAGUGUUGGUUUGGCGGGUAGAGAGAUUUAACCAUCCCUGGGGCUGACGCACAGAAUGGGGCCACUUGGUUAGUGAUUUCAAAGUGAAAAAAGGAGGGAGUUGUAAAAGUUAUCUACCGUACCUGGGAAUUUGUAAAAUGGGUGUGAUACAUAAGGAAUGAAUGUCCUCGUAAUAGAAGCAGUAUAGUAAUAUAAGCGCUUUGGUGAAUAUGUGAAGGAUAUUCCUUGGCGAAGGAUGCUUUUUAGAGUGAUUCUUCAGAUUUCAUUUUUCUCUAAGAAUGAGCUGAAUGUGUGUUCAGCUUUGGGGGGAAAGAGACAAAGAGGAGAUGCAGAUAGGGUGUCUAUGUGCGUUGAGUGCUUUUGCCAAACGUAUUGCUCUGCUAAACUUUAUACCACAUCAGUGAGGCUGAGGGGGUGGAGUGUCUUGUCAUCUGGGCAGCCCAGGACCUCCAUACACACUGCCCAGCCUCAUGCCCCAGGGAGGUCACUUUGGUGCUGCUAACAUAGUGGUUUGACUGGAAGUGCACUCCAUUGUCUCUCAAGACAGACAGGUGCCAACAAUUAAAUACAAAGAACUGGGGGAGAGAAAGAGAGAACACAGAGGGCAGAGGGAAUUGUGUGUCCUUUCCCAGCAACUGCUCCCCACAUCUUCAAGUAUGUCCAUGCAGGGCCGUCUUAACCAUAGGUGCUAGGGGUGCAGAGCACCCGGGCGUGGGGCUCUCAGGGAUGCCAGGCUGAGAGUCCGGGGCCGGAGAUUUGAGUCCAGGAAAUAGCCCGCCCAUCGGCCGGAGGGCCGCGGUGGGCUCUUUUGCUGUAGGCGGCUCUGCGCUGCGAGCUCAGGGGCGACUGAGCCAGCGAGAUGCUGAGGCGGCUGGCCGGCUCCACUUUCCUUCACGCCUGGGACUGGGCAAUUGGGGACGGACAGAUGCCAGGCGAAUCUUUGCACCCUGGGGCCGCAUAUGCUGAAGACAGCUCUGUGUCCCUCCCACUCUUUGUGAAGCAGGGUAUUCAGAGUCUAGACUUAACGGUCUCCCUCUUUUAGAUUUCAAUGCAUAUUGCUUCACUUCAGAACAAGGUAAGCCAGCCUAGCUGCAUUUGGAGUCCUUUCUGUUAAAGGGCCCCUGGACAUCGGCCCUCAAAUCCUUCCCUGAUGGUGCAAGUGAAGGUACUAGACUGAAUCAAGCAUUUGCAUCUGGUUAAUAUCCUUCCAUGCAAGCUGAGGUUCUUGCCUUAGGUAGAGCAAGAGGCUGGAAAAUUUCAAAGGAAAUAACACUUCAAAAUGAUAAAUCGAUGCAUAUUUAUCACAAGAAAACGGGAUAAGGAAGCAGCAGACAGAAUCAAUCUCUAUUCGGUCACUAACUUAAAUAAAUAUGUUAUGGUGACUAAGUGAUGAAGAGAAUGUUUGUCUUGAUUAUUAUCAUCAAUAAAAAGAUACAUUUUCUCAGUCUUUUUUUUUAAAAAAACCAAACGGCUGCGCAUCUUAAUUUGAGGAGAGGCUGUUGGCUCUUCACUAGGGAGAAAAGACUGGCCGUGAAAAAUACCUCACCAAGAAAAAUCACUGUUUCCCCCGCAGAUUGAUCUGAGCACCGAGACAAUUUUUAACAUAGAGAAAGGGAUAAUCAAAAAACAGUUCCCGUUUCCCCAAGUCAAAUCCUGUGCAUACAGUGAAGGAAGACGUUUCAGAAUUAACUUCCAUGGACGCCAGGACUAUAUACUGGAAGCAGCAUCGGUGGAUGAUAAAAAUAAGGUAAGUGAUGUUGAAACGCUCCUAGCAAUUCCAUUUAGUCUGGCUGCUAACCAGAAGGUUGGUGGUUCAAGCCCACCCAGGGACGGUUGAGGGUAGGAUUCCUGCAUUGCAGAGCAUUGGACUAGAUGAUCCUUUUUUCUUUUUUCUUUAGUAUAGAGUUGGGGUCUCUUCCAACUCUACAAUUCCACGAUUCUACGAACCCUGCUUCUUCCAAUGUUUGCUUUGCAGAUAACACAUCUCCUGAGUAAGAUUAUACAGACUAAUGCCUGCAGAGGGCUGGCAGAACCUUGCUGUGGUGAGCCUGAAAAAUGUGAUGUGAUCCACGAAGGAAUUUUGGAUCUACAGCUAGAGACGCCAAAGUCCAUUAAAUGGGUGAAGUACGAAACUUAGAGAUAACUGAAGUAACGACAGUGCCUUAUUUACAGUGCACUCCUAUGCAUGUUUGCUUGCAAGUGAGUCCCAUUAAACGCUCAAGAAAGGGCUCGUUCACAUUUCUGCUUGCCCUAUCCCUAGAAAGCAUGGGCCCAAGCAGUUUUCUGCUUAUCGCAUGCUUUCAAGGCAUGGGUCCCAGCAGUUUUGUCUUUGCCCUGCUGUUUCCCCCUGGAAAACCUGCUCUCUAGUGCUAAAUCGGAACAAACACCAAUCUUUGGAAAACCUGAUUCAGCACUGAAGGUUGGGCUUCCCUGGGGGAAAACAGUGGGGCAGAUGAAGGUGUGGAUAAUCCCUAAGUUUCUUUAGGACUCCGGCCUCAGUUAAUUAAUUUACUGAGAAUGUUUUAAAACCCCAUUUAAAUUAAUAAAAUUCCCAAGGUGGCUUGCAGUUUUUUUAAAAAAUCAAAAUCAAAUACCAUUAAAACACUCCUUUUAAACAACAGUAUUAAAAUAAUAAUGAGAACAUAUAAAAGAAUAAAUCACAUUGAUAAACUGGGAUAAAACGCCAAUAUUAAUUAGUGAAUAUGUUUUCGUUAUAGGGAAGACUGUGACCAAGUGACAUGAGUGCCUGUGGUUCAACUGCUAAACACUGAUGGGUAACUUUGGGCUCCCCAAACACCCUUUUUAUUGUGCACCAUGAUGCUUUAUGCUCAUGAUGCUACUGGGGGUCACAAAUGACUCUGCUUUCAGUGCUAUUUGCAACUGAAAAAGUUUUUGGGUGGUCACACUGCUUCAUUUCCAAUUUGUGCAUAACCUGUAACUUCCUGCUGAAAUCCUGUAUCCUUUUAUACCGCAGAUGUUCUGGGGUUUUGUUUUGUUUUUGUCCUGCUUUUGUUGUGGUCCACAGGCCCUCUGAGCAGCAGUAAUGUGGUAGCAGUGGGGAAGCAUCCCAGAACAAAUUGAAGCAGAAUAAACCCACCACUAAUGCGCUAUUAUUGUGUAAAGAGCAUCUAGCAAAAUACGCCCACAAUAAAGCUCCUAUCUGUAGGGACCCUGUUCUCCUUUCUGAGAGUAGUUUCAUCUUUAAAUUGGUCUUGAACCAGAUAGCCCUUCAAAUAGUUGACUUUCCUUUGUAAAGCAGGGCAUAUGGCCUCUUAGAUGUUAAAUUACUUACUGCAUUUAUAUAUUACCCUUUUGCCCAAGGAGGUUUACAGUUUUAUGAUUCUCCCAUCAUUCACCAGCAGGUAAAAAUAAAACCCAACACAACACAACCAACCCCUUCUCCCAGCCUUCCUUCUUCCUUCUCAAAGGGCAGAUGAUGUUCCUCCAGCUCUGUGGGGGAAGGGAACAGUAUGAGUGGUGCAGGCCCUGCAUUGCAGAGGGUUGGACUAGAUGACCACUUGGAUCCCUUCUAACUCUAUAAUUCCAUGGUUCUAUGGUGGUGUCUCUGCCUGCCUCUGUCACUCCCUUCUCAAUGGUCUUUGCAUCUCAUGUGCAGGUUUUAACAAAUGUAAUUUCCAUUGGCUGUGUGUUUGUGUUUGUGUGUGAGAGACAGACAGACAGACAGACAGAAAAUGAAUAAAUGGGAUCUGAGCAGGCAUAAAUGGGAUCUGAGUCAGGUGCCAAUGGUGGAUUUCCUCUGAAAGCAAAUACUAGCUGCAGAAGAUGGAUUGUCUUCAGGAUUGUGGCAGGGGAAGAAAGGGUUAAAUCCCCCCCCCCGCUUGCUGUGGUCCCACUCAGUAUCAGCCCUCCACCAGCUGACACAAUUCCAUUUUUAAAAAAAUCUUGCAUGUUAGAUUCAAAGAUGCAUUCAACGUGUGUAGCAGGGAUGAGCAACCUGUGGCAUGCUAGGUGUUGCUGGGUUCCAUCUCUCACCAUCCCUGAUCUUUGGCCAGGCUGAUGAGAGUUGGAGUCCAACAGCGUCCAGAGGGCAGCAGGUCCUCCAUUCCUGUAGCUUGGCCUUGAGUUUCUGGUCCUUUUCUGCAGAUCUGAUCCAAAAUGCAGUGGUUUCAUGCACUGAAGCCAACUGUUAAGAAAAGAAUGACUCAAGCGAAGCGGUAUCUCAUGGGAGCAAUGGGAGACUUUCUUUAUUUGUGUGCUUUGCUGCAAUACCAAAAGAAGGUUAACUGAGCCAGACAUUUCUUCAAACACAUUUUGGGUGCUUGGGGAGAAAACACUUACUGUCCCACCGGGCCCUUCUACAUAGCUGUUUAUAUACCAAAUGCUCCCAAGGCCACCCAAAACUCAGAACUAGCCUUCUCUGAUUUCAGUCCAUUGGCCCACAAACCCAGGGUGUAUUCUUUGCUGUCUCCACCAGCUCUCUUUACAGCUUGUUGCCUUAUGUUAGAAUGGAGGUGUGGAGUAAACCUGGAAAAAGAACAACCUUUAGAAGAAAGACAAGGGAUAUGAUUUGAAUUCCUAGAGCCCUAGAAGUCCUCUUUACUUCCCUGGCUUUUCUACAGACUAUUCCUGGACAUUAUAUAUUCCAACUCAAGCAAUAGAGAAUUUUUCACUGGAGAAUGUAUUUUUAUGCACCACCCUAGUCUCCAGGAGACACCAGGUGGGUCUGAGCUUUACUCAGGGUUUGGUUUCCUAGGAAUGAAGGUCAGCAGAGACUCUGGUGUCUUUAGGAUAUAUGGUUUUAUUUACACAUAUAUACAACCUUGGCCUAGGAUGGAAGGGCUCACAACAUUAACACUCACACAGAUUUUGCUUCCCUUUUAGGGACUCUCAAAAUCCAGUACAGAGCUAACAUUUCCCCCUGUCUCCAGUUUUCAGCAUCCAGCUUUUCAACUCUCUCUUUCACACACACAACUCUGGCUAAACCCAGUGAGGGUGCUGGGAAAAGCCCACCCAUUUGUUUCUAUGACAACCUCUUUGGAUUUGUAAAUCUCGGUACUUAACCAACCAGCCAAAGCCAUUACCUUGACAAAGGAACUGAUUCGGUAAGCUUGCUCCUAUAUAUUCUACUCCCACAGAUAGACGAUCCCAAGAAGGGAUCCCAAGAAGGGGCCUCUGCCAGGUACCACCAGACUGAUUCCACCCCCAAAACUGACAAGAGAACCAGAUGAAUUGUUCCUAUGGCCAGUCCAUCUCCUCACCUUUUCCCAAACAUUCACCUCCCCUGUCAUUUCCUGAACAUUGCAAACCCUUCUUGUACUAAUACCUCUCUUGAAGCUAAUAUCUAACCCUCUCUUGAAGCUUAAAACCAUUUCUUUGGAGAGAAAACACCUGAAUUUGCAUGCCUAGAUUGGAACAGGUAUCUCUCUGAUGCCAGUUUUGGGUAACAGCAAAAGCAGAAACAUGAAACUGUCCCCCAACACACAAGCGACUUGACAAGGAUGCCAUUUUUUGUAACUUUAAAUGCAAGAGAUUUCAGUGGAGAGGGCAAGAUUCUUAGUGAGAGGCCUGCUCUUGGAAACUUCCAAGGCUGAAUGGUGAAAAAGAGACAAACUUCAUAAUCUAAACAAAGACAGUAGUGGCCGCAGGAUGUAGUUUAGACAAAUCAAUGGAGGAUAAUCGUUCAGCUCGGACACUGAGGUCCAGCGCCGAGGGCCUUCUGGCAGUUCCCUCACUGGAAGAAGUGAAGUUACAGGGAACCAGGCAGAGGACCUUCUCGGUAGUGGCACCCGCCCUGUGGAAAGCCCUCCUAUCAGAUGUCAAGGUAAUAAGCAACUAUCUUACUUUUAAAAGACACCUGAAGGUAGCCAUGUAUAGGAAAGUUUUUAAUGUUUAAUGCUGUAUUAUGUUUUUAAAAUUCGGUUGGGAGCCAACCAGAGUGGCUGGGGAAACCGAGUCAGAUGAGUGGGGUAUAAAUAAUAAAUAAUGAUCUAUUAUUAUGACUAUUAUGGCUAACCAAGGGCUGCUAGUCAUGAUGGCUGUGCAUUGUCUCUGGUAUCAGAGACAAUGUGCAUGUCUCAAUGCAAGUUGCUGGGAACUGUGGGGAGCACAAGUGGGGAGAGGGAUAUUUCAUUCAUGUCCUACUUGCGGGCUUUCCAUAGGCACUUGGUAAGCCACUGCAAGAACAGCAUGUGAGACUAGAUGGACGUUUGUCUCGAGCCAGUAUUAAGCAGCAUUAUACACUGUUGAUUGGGAAUUUAAUAAGAUCUGCCAAAAUGUAGUUGGCCACUAAGCAGAGAAUGCGAACAGCUGAAUAAAGCUUGGCAUGUUGUGAACGUGUCAAAGAUUACUGAGAUAGUAAGACUGAGAGGACGGCAUAAGCCGGAGCAGCCUGAAAGUCCAUGAUCCAUCAGUUAUAUGAAAAGUAAAUACAACUCAAUGCAUUUUCAUUGUUGAAAUGAAAAAUAAGCUCAGGGGGACAUAGAUAAAUGGCUAAGCAUAAUUUCCUUAAGAGAUGAGAAUAAGAAAUCUAGGGUGGCAGUCAACGCAGAGCAGAGCAGCUGGAAUCAAUGGGCCUAACAUAGUCAUGUCCAUUCAUUUCAAAGGCCCUGCUUUGAGUAAAGCCCUCCAUAAAGUUGAACAUCAUAUACUGUAUAACACAUAUGGCAGUAGUUGUAAUUUAUUACUAUUUUAUGUUUUUCCUCUUUUCUUUGUCUAGGUGUACAUUUAUAUUCCUUUAAUAACAUAAAAGGAGCAUUUGGUGAGAUUACUUUUUAAAAUAUAUAGCAAUGCCAUCAAUAUAAAUUGCAAGAAAACAAAAAUAACCCCCACAAAAGGGCUUCCCUCCCUCACUCGGAGGAUUUCUGCCUUCCCUAAUAGAAAGUGCAUUUGUCGUACACAGGGAAGAAUUCAGUAUAACUCUAUGGCAAUCGUUCUGUUGGCACCAGAGUUACAGCUUGCCAGACCAAAUGACCCCAGUCUCCUUCCCCAACAUGCUGUUCUCUGGACACACUUGAGCUACUUUUUUUGGGGGGGGCACAGGGGAGAAUGGGGAGGAGUGUGGAAAAGCCCAAUUGUGUUAGUGAAGCUCCUUGCACAGGGGCUUCCGCUAGAAGGACUUGCUACCUUAAUUUGGCCCAUAAUCCCGUUUGGCUUUUUAUAACAAAGUCAUUGUGCAGCGAAGCAGCAACCUUGGGUGCUUCCAAAUGUUUCUUAAUUGUGGGAUGAGCAUGCAAUAUUUUUCACAGCAUCCAUGUAGCACCAUUGGCAUCAAAUGGGAGCUGGGCAUGUUUAGCCUGGAGAAGAGGAGGUUAAGGGGUGAUAUGAUAGCCAUGUUCAAAUCUAUAAAAGGAUGUCACAUAGAGGAGGGAGAAAGGUUGUUUUCUGCUGCUCCAGAGAAGCGGACACGGAGCAAUGGAUCCAAACUACAAGAAAGAAGAUUCCACCUAAACAUUAGGAAGAACUUCCUGACAGUAAGAGCUGUUCGGCAGUGGAAUUUGCUGCCAAGGAAUGAAGCUAAGGGGUUUUUAGUAGUAAUGCUACAAGGAGUAUGUAAAAAUGGACUGUUAACAGAUGAGAAUAUACAAUUAUUACAUAUUAAGACAAAGGUCUAAGAUAAAAACAAAGAGGGAAAGGAUUUGCUGAAUUAACUUACUGAACUUGAAUACAAAAAAGGGGAGGUGUGAGGAGGUCAGGGAAACAAGUGAGUGAAAGACAAGAUAUGGAAAGAUUGAUUUAUUUUUAAUUGUUUUUACUUUUUUUGUAUUUUCUUCUUUCUUUUUUUAUUCUUUCUUAUUAUUACUAUUGUAACUCCUUUUUUAUUUUUGAAACUUUAAUAAAUAUUUUAUAUAUAUAUAAAAGAAUUUGCUGCCAAGGAGUGUGGUGGAGUCUCCUUCUUUGGAGGUCUUUAAGCAGAGGCUUGACAACCAUAUGUCAGGAGUGCUCUGAUGGUGUUUCCUGCUUGGCAGGGGGUUGGACUCGAUGGCCCUUGUGGUCUCUUCCAACUCUAUGAUUCUAUGUGGAUUUACCCUUUCUGGUUGAAUAUAUAAUACAAUAAACAACAACAACAUUAUGCGUUGGAAGCGAUCCAUUUGCAAUAUCUCACCUUGGUUAAAGCCCCAUCUAGAAGCAUGCUUCAUGUGAUUAGCGAUGAUGAAUAAUCUUAUAGUGUCUGAAAAGCAGAGGACACAAUAGACCUAUUGUGGUGUUCAGUUUCUCACAUGAGUGGGAGAGUGAGUCUAUAUCUGCUGGCCUCUCUUUCUCCAUCACAUCCCUGUUUCCCAGCCCAGCUGCCCUCCAUGUGUUUGAGAAGAAGGGAGUUAUGUAGCUCCCUGUGUGAUGUAGCACCCUGGUUGCACAGGGUUCUACAUUUACACGAAUCCUACAUACAUAAAGCAGGCUCUUCAUUUAUUUAUCGCAUUUAUAUCCCACAUUUCCUCUAAGGAGCUCAGAGUGGCAAGCACAAUUCUGAUUCUUACAGCAAUCCCGUGAGGUAGAUUAAGUUGGGAGACAGUGGCUGGUCCAAGGUGAGCUUCAUGACUUGAGUGGAGGCUUGAAUUCUGGUCCUCCAGGUCCUAGUCCAAUGCUUUAACCACUGCACCACACUUCUCUCCCCACACAUGGAUGGCCAUGGGAGCACAAUGGAUUUUUGUUGUUCACCUUGUGGAGCAAAGCCCAAGUUUGCUUCCUUCAUCAAAGCAACUGUUUGUUAAACAGUGAACAAUUAAGCUGCAAGUUCUUUGUGAAAGGAAUUCGAAUGCAAUAAGACGGCCAGCUCUGUUCAACAAUACGGAGAACUCUGACUCUGCACACAGAUGUAGAGAUAAUGGAUGCUUUCAGUUAGGAGUGGUAGCCAAAAUGACUUGAAUUCUUUAUCUUUCAGCUAAGCUUUCAGGAGAGACACUAAAUAAAUCAGAACUAAACACAAAGGGUUGUAUCUAAUGCUAAUUGUAUUCAGACUAGACCCAUUGAAAAUAAUGACCAUGACUAACUUUGGUCUAUUAAUUUUUGUGGGUUUACUUACUUAAUGCUUAAUAAUGCUUAGCUGGAUAGAACCCACACAAUCAGUAGUCAACUGGAGCCCUCUUGAUGCUCCAGUGUUUGCCCCACACUGGAGUGGGGGCUUGCCAAUCCACCCUUGAGCCCCUAGACUUCAUAUCCAUCUGUAGUGACAGUGCCUUCCUACAUGUACCUGUACAUGCAAAGCAUCCCAUGUAAUCCAGAACUCUGCAUGAUUGUGAGUCUGAGUUAUGUGCAAAGAUGUCAGAGAUGUUCACUUAUGUGUUCCAUCUCCAGAAUGGAAAUACAGAAAUACAAUCAGUAUCCAUGGUGGUUGUUUUCAGUCUGCAAAUGGUGCUUAAUUGAUGACUCCUGCCCCCUUCCCUUUGCACUGAGUUUCCUUUGCACUGAAAUGAAUUGUGUGAAAUAACAUAAUUUAUUACUUAAGUAUGUAAAAUUCUGCCACGGUGGACAGCAAGAUGAACAAUUUUUCUUUGUUUUUGUCGGAAGUCAGACUGCAGUGGAAUGGAAGCAGCGCUGCAUGUGACGAACACGGGUCUUAAUGAAAACAAAUUAUUUCUGCUUCUGCAGUUGAACUCCCCCCUCUUCCCCGUAUGCCCCCACAAUCUGUUCUUGGGGUUCCCUCAACCCUCUGGAGCAGAUCUGAGGAGGGGGUAGGGGUGGGGGAGGAGAAGCAGGGAAAGUUCAGUAACUUGAUGGGGCAAGUUAGUUUGCUACCACCCAUUAUUUCAUUAAUUUAUGAAUCGCCUUCCCAUGAGUCUCAAGGUGAGUUACAACACAACUGAAAAGAGUUUUAAAACCAGUACAAAAUAUAACAAUUAAGAGAGGUUUAAAGCAUAAUAAUAAUAAUAAUAAUAAUAAUAAAAAACAAUGCAGCCACUUAAAGCAAAGAAGGGCAGAGUAGAUCAGAUGGGAGCUAUCUUGAGUGUUAUCUUUUAAUGUAGGGAUGGGGAACCUGUGCCGCACUGUAUAUUGUUGGACAGCAGCUUCCAUCAACACUAGCCAGUAUGGCCAAGGGUGAGGGUUGAUGGGAGCUGUAGUCCAACAACCUCUGGAUAACUAGAGGCUCCCCAUCCCUAGGUUAUACCAUAAUCAGGGAGCUGUCAUUGAGAAGACCCCUCCCCACUGUUAAUAGCCAGUAUAAGAGUACAGUUAACCAUUUCAAGAAAGACAGAUUUGGAGAUAACUGGACACAGCUACUCUAUAUUUGGGCUAGGUAACCUAUAGCUAUUUAGAUGUUGCUGGGCUACAACUUUUGUCAUCCCUGACUAUAAGCUGGGAGAUAAUGGAAGAGUGUACCUUUGGGGGUAAAGUAAAACCAUCAGAGACCCACAGUGUCUGCUGGUGGGCUGCAGGUUCCUCAUCCCCAGGUUUGUGCAUCAAAGACAAUGUCUUGCAAUAUCUCUUCUUCAUUUUCAGUCUGAUGCCUAUCCCUGAAUUUCUAUCCUGAAGUUCUUUUAAAAAACAAACCUCUUAUUAAUUACAGUGUUCAUUUCAAUUAGAAAAACAGAGUUCACUUCAUAAAUUUAAUUGAGGAAGCACAGAGCAUUAUAGCCCGAUAUUAGUGAAACCCCAAACACUUCAAAUGUUUCGGAUGCCAUUAAGACAGACUAGCAAUUCACAAACCCUUUUAACCUAAUAAAUACAAAGCAUAGAGCACCAAGAUACAUCAAAACACUGUAAAUGUUUUAGGCUCCAUUAAUGAGGAAUCUUUUAACCUCCUAAAUUGAUUCGCAAGCCAUAAAACAAUAAGGUCCUUCGCAAAUCCUUUUAAAAGAAAUUAUUUUCACCAGUAUGAAAUGUGUAUUUUUGCAUUGAAUCAAAGGAUCCACAUGCACCUAACUACCUGAGUUUGCCAGCACCUUUUCUUUUCUUUUUCUUUUUUUGUCCUCUAGACACUUUGUUCAGCUGAGCGAACAGGAGCUGAGCUUACAUUGCAUCGACCAACGCCAGAUGGAGACUGCGGCUCCUGGAGCAAAAACAAUUAACUUGUCAAGUGGAGAUGCAGUUGUCAGUGAGGAGGAUGGUUCUGGCACCUUCAUGCUUCGAACAAAGGAAGCCAAGUACUUGUAAGUGUACCUAAUACAGCAGAAACAAAUGGAAUAAUAAUAAUAAUAAUUUAUUAUUUAUACCCCGCCCAGCCCAGAGGGUCUAAGUCAAGGUUGCACAAGUGGUACCAACCAUGCUAAAUGAUGUUAGUGAGCUUUGCGUAAUGGUCUGUUGUGGAUGCUGUGUAGGGAGGAAGAGAAACACACACACACACGUCAAGAUUGCUGAGUAACAAAAAACAGAAAAUUACUCUGGCUACAUUUGCACCAUACAUUCUAAGCACUACGAUACCACUUUAAACAGUCAUGGCUUCCUCUGUAGAAUUCUGGGAUCUGUAGUUUGUUAAGGGUGCUGAGAGUUGUUAGCUACAAUAUGCAGAUAUUCCUGGGAAGAGAGAUUGACUGUUAAACCAGUCUAGAAAUUAUAGCUCUGUAAGGGGGAAUAGGAGUCAGUGAGAUGUCGGUGAAACAAAGCUGUGGGGAGUUAUUCAUGAAGCCGUUUCCUCCUUGAAUUGUUUCACAUAUGUUUGAUCACCUUUUCUUGCCAGCUGUAGUCUGCACACACAUCAGUUACCACACAUUGUGACAUCCAUAUACAUGUACACCCAAAUUCAAUAGGCUCUAAUAUUACCCUGGAGAUUGUGUGAAAGAGCUGAAGGCUUGGGAAUAAAUGAAUUGUUAGAAGUUUUGCUUUCUUAGUUUCCCUAAAAGUAAAGCUAGGCAUGUCAGAUUAGUCACUUGAAUCCAGAUACACAAUUUCUACAUUGAAUAUAUGAUUGGAUGUGUAUGUUUCAUUUCUAAAAUAAGAGGUGCUAAGUUUUCAUCACUUAUUGAUGUGGGAAGGACACUCUGCACAUGCUCAAAAGCAUGUUAAUAUGCUGGACAUAUUUCAGUUCCAGUUCCUAGUGGCUAGCCAAGUUGAUGUAUCUCAAUGUCAAAAGCAUUCUGUUCCUUGCUCACAAACCAAAGAAGGAUUAAUUAGUAAAUUGGCUCACGUGAAAAAUCUAAAUGCUGGAGACAGUGUUUAGCUGUAACUGUGUCUUUGCAGACUGUAGAAAUGUUCCAUUUGACCCCAAAGGCCACAAAAUUAUACGGAAAUUGUUCACCUGAGUCAAUAUGUUGCAAUAUAUAUCUUUAUAUCUCAGCACUCUUGUUUCCUUCAAAGUCUGAGCAAUUAAGUCAGCCUGAAAAGGUCAGAGUCAGCACUGCUGGCCUUCUUGACAAGUAAAACUGUCUGUAACAUCAAUGGGCAUGAAAUAGAAAUGGUUGUGGUUGUGCUUAUUGGCAUUUCAUGUGCACUAUUUUGGGUUCACAGACUCACCGUUUUUGAAUUGUAGAUUCCAAAUACCCUUUACUGUCCAGAACAACAAACUAGAGGACAUUACCAAGCUCCGAAAUGAGUGGAUGCUGCUCAUAGACAGAUACUGCUCAUUGCCAAAGGCAGAAUCCCUGACUCAGGGGAAUGCCUCAGAUGCGGUGUGUGAGGAAGCUCACUGUUUAAAUGAAGGGAAGAUGGAACAGCCCAUCUGUUUCGGUUUGGAAUCUCCUACAGCUCCAGAGGCUGUGACUUUAGCCCACACUCUCCAGGAGAACCGUCCUUUGGUUUCAGCAUUGGGUCAGCUUCCUGGAAGAACGGCAGGUGGGAAAGCCCCACCUCCUUUCCCCAAGUUGUCCAGCCAGCCUCCAACAUCAACAAGAACAAAAGCGUUCCACUGGGAAGUAGUUCCUCAGGAAAAGGUCUGAAAUUAUAUUUUGCAUAGAACAGGGUGCAUAAAAUCCACGAGUGUUUGAUUCUCUGUUGUUGCAAGCUGUCAUCAUCAUAAUCAUAAUGUGGUUUAACACGAGAUUGUUCAUCCUUCUACAGAAUAGAAAUGCUGUCCAUGUAGGAAUUUAGCAACAAAAUAGAGAAAGCAAGUAGUACACCAGGGUGACCACUGAGGUUCUUUCCAGAUGUUUUGGACCAAGCUUCCCAUUGUUUCUCAGUAUGGGAGUAUGGGAGAAAGCAUCCAUACCUGGAGGGCACCGUUGGUUACCCUUGUAGUACAUACACCAUGUCCCCCUCACAUGCCCAUUCAGAUAAUCCUGACAACACAAGUGAUGUAAGCCUCCUUGCAAAGGAGAAUAUUGUGAUCAUGGUAGGCAUUUAAUGGAAUUAAAUUGGCUGGUGGGGAACCUAUCCUUGCUGUCUUGAGUUCCUUAGGAGGUAAAAUGGGCAAGAGACGAACGCCAUUGGUUAAUAAAUAAAUGUUGGGAAUAAUCUAUUACCAUUAUCCCUAUCCUGUUAGAGGAGGGCUGAGCAGAAGCAGCCAGCAUUCCAUAGAUCACGUGACAGGUGGGUGGAUCUGGCCACCUGCUAAUCAGCUGAUGGUAUCGGGUGCCAGGUAAUGGUAACUUCAAUAUGCAGCUGCAAGAUUCUUCCUUUGUAGUCACAGCUUGAAAUGCAAAGAAACGCGGCCUGAAUUCAAGAACUCAAACCACAGCUGCAAAAAUUCUACCCCUGUAACUAUGGCUUGAAUUGCAAUGGAAUAUUCAUUUGAACUCAAGCCAGGUGUGCAAAAGAAGAAUCAGGAGUCCAUUUAGAGUGAACUCCUGAUUCUCCCUUUUGAAUAUGGUGCUUUUCCAAGUCAUGCUUUUACCCAUAGCUGAAGUCAUCUGAUGCUGGGUGAUGGACAAGUGGCUGUGGCUUGGCUGACAUGGCCCUUGGGCCAAAUGGGAAUAACUUGUGGGCCUAAUUAGGACCAUAGGCCAGGGGUUCCCCACCACUGUCCUAGAUGUAAUGACUCAUGAUUCACAGUCACCCUCUACCCCAUUGAGGGAUGUGGUAGCACCAAGCCACAGAGAGGUCAUGAUCCUAUUUUGUGGGUCAAGCUCUUUUAUGACCUAUUUAGAUGGAAUCUCCACCCUGCCCCCUGGCCCCCACCUACAGUCCCCUGGUAAUCAUUCAGUUGGAAGAAUACAGUGAAAAACGCUAUGAUGGAAUUCAAGUUCUACAUGGAUUCCUCAAAAAGAGUCCCCAAGCUCUUAGCCCCAUGGGAAUCUAUUGUCUUUUUAUGGUUACAACUGUCCAUAAAGAAUGUCAUGACUACCGUUUACACAUCCCAGGGUGACCUCAGGAAGAAGGUACUUGCAGUUCCUAGGACUCCUCCUAUAUGCUCAGUUAGGUGUUACAAUACCCAGUCAGGAACAUGGGAUCCUACUUGGAUGUCGUAUAAGAUAGUUAUACAUUCCCCUGGCUCACCAAAUCCCAUUUUUUUGAAUCAUGGAAUUCUCCAGUCUUGAGCGUCUAGGCUAAUUAUUAGCCAAGUUUGGUCUCCACUCAUAAUUAGUUUAGCCCCAGUUUCAAAGCUGGUAUAUUACACUUCCAUGGCUGACCAUUUCCCUUUCUGGCUGAAACUUACCUGGCAGCAGUGGUAAGGAGGGCUGUUGCAACCUUCAUUAGGCCAUUAUUAAGUGACAAGACUGGUGGGAAAUGUUGUUUCCAUGGCCUCUGAGGUCCUCACAAAUAUCCUGGAAACUACAGUUCACCAGAAAUCAGCUACCAAAAGAUACAUAGGGUAUCUAGAAUUCUCAGGGUUCCUGGUGCUUUUGCUGCAUUAAGGCUGCAUUUCACCAUUGCAAGAAUGCUUUUUUCAGGGAUGGGGGAAUGUGUCAGAGAGGAGUAUGAAGGGUCUGCAGGACUCAUCCUAUUCCCUAGUGGUUGGAGGAUGUGUUGGGAGUGGGGAUACUUCUCAUUGCUUUGUGUGUUUAUAAAAGCAUCACUGAAAAUAUGACGAAACCUGGAGCUUGGAAUAUGUGAGCUUAAAAUGAACUAAUUUUGGACAUGAGCUGAACAGCGGGCAAAGUAGCUUGCAUUAGGUAAGCUCAUUCCAAAUCAAGCCUUGGGAACUUGCCCGUCCUAAUUAUAGAGAUGCCAUGACAUAUCUACUUACAGCUUUUUAAUAUUUUUAGAUAGAGAAAUCAAUCUGGACAUCCUGCCACCUGGGCCAGAAAACCAUAGAUGUGGCUCGGCUUCACAACCAGUUUCGUAUUCAAGAAGUGGUGGGAACUCAUGGCAAUGAGCCUCUCCAGACACAACAAAUUAUGUUAAACCCAAAAGUUGCUCAUAACUUCAGUAAGUGUGAAAAUGUCACUUUGCUUACUAGGAGUAGCCCCUUCCUUGUGAUUCCUAAUAUUUAUAAGAGGCUCAGAAGGAAAUGCUGCGGAAUUUCAAUGGAAUUUCAAUAGUUAUAAGAAGAGCAGCCCAUCAAAUGUUAUCCCGUGAUCACAGAAUCAUUGAUGUAAGAACAUAAGGAGAGACCUCUUUAUCAGGCCAAAGGUCUACCCAGUCUAGCAUUCUGUUCUCCUAGUGAUCAAACAGAUGUCUGUGGGAAGCCCACAAUCAGUUCAUGAGUGCAAUAGCUCUCCUGUAACAGAUGUUGUCAGGUGGCUGUUGCAGUUGCUCGAGAGUAACCAGGCAGGACUCCGACCUGUGUUUUACAGGCUUUAUUUUGGUGCAAACUAUUUACAGUGAAGAGCCCCAAAGCUCAUGUCUGGCUCAAUCGCUAGCAGAAUCCAGGAGUGGUCUUUUUUUGGACCUCCCCCAACAUAAGAGUUUCGUUCUCCCAAACGUCUCCUCCCCUCUCUGCACCUCAAACAACUGUGCAGGAUGGGCGAUGGCAAGGGUGUGUUUCCCUCCUGUCUGGCUUUCCCAGAAGGCUCCCACCAGCAUCCUCUGAUCCUUCCACCUCUUCCCCACUGGAGGUGGGGCUUUCCUCCCCCCCGGAAGAGGAACUGCUUCGCAAGAUUUUCGGAGGCUCCCUGUAACACAACUGCCCUUCUAUUUCUCACCUCUGAGCCAAUGGCAGUUCCCUAACAACUGUUUUUGAUCCUGAGGUAGUACACAACCAUUGUGACAAGUAGUCAUUGAUGGCCUUAUCCUCCAUUUCUAAUCCCCAAUUUAAGCCAUCCAAGUUGGUGGUCAUAACUACAUUUAGUGGUAGCAACUUAUGUAGUUUAGCUGUGUGCUGUGUCAAUGAGUGCUUUGUUGUUGUCCUGAAUCUCUUGCCAUUCAGCUUCAUCUGCUGACCCUGAGUUAGGAAGCUGCCUUCUACUGAGUCAGACAUCAGUCCAUCUAGCUGAGUACUGUCUACACUGACUGGCCAAGUCUCCACAAUUUCAGACAAGGGUCACCCCCUGCCUUUUCUGGAGAUGCCAGGGAUUGAAUCUGGGACCUUCAGCAUGCAAAGCAGAUGCUCUACUGCUGAACUUUGGUCCUUCUCUCAAGUACCAAUGGAUGAGUCUGUCAACAUCAGUUUCUCAUUUUUCCAGUUUUUAGUUCUCCAUAUUUCUCCAUCAAAUUGUGAUUUUUUUUAAUUUAAUUUUUAAUUUUAAAAAAUCCACAUGAAAAUCUGUAGACAUUUUGUAUUCAGUUUUGGCAAAUAUGCAUAUUUUUGUAAGCAAAUUUCUCCCAUAUAUUACACUUUUACCUGUUAUUUUCACUGCUGUGUGCUUUUUAAUGCAUGCAGGCGCACUUACAUUUUCUGGUUAGUCAACUGUACUGCAAAAUUCAGAGAAGUGCAAAAUUCAGAGAAAUACAAAUUUUAAAGGAUAGUUCGUGUGUAAGCUUGAAAACUGCACCUUAGGUAGUUUCUCAUUAAAAUACAAACAAAACCAAGUUUCUCCCCCAUGCCUACUCAAAAGUAAGCUAAACACAGCCAAAACAGUUCACCCUGCCCUUUAUAAUUACUCUAAAUUUUCCUUUUCUCUUUGAUAAUUUUUGAAUGCAUUUCCCCUCUCAGUAUUGGAACAUGGUCAAGAGGAAAUGGGGGAUAAAAUUUUGGCACAACACUAAGUGUAUGUGUGCUUUAUAGUACUUCCCAGGAUCCUUUGUAGCACUUGAGGCGGCUGCGCAAGGGGCCUCCAGCAAGCACAACUGGAAAUCCUUUGUGUGAAGUAUAAACCUGUGAAGGAUUUGCAUGAACUAAAAUUGGAAGGGUGUAAUCAUUAUGUUAAUUGGGACACCUGGGCUGGGAAAUUAUUGCAUCCAUUGACUGGCACUAAAGUGGUGGUGGUUGGGAAGUACAUGUUAAGAUGUUGUUAGUGAGGAUAAAGACAUCUUUAAACAGUGCUUUUUAAUCCUCCAAAUUAGUCUUGUUUCUUCCAGGAAACCACUCUUUUCUACUAGGCAAAUUGGGCAAGCCCCUGCUUUUAGCAAACUUACAACUCAAAACAUGCUUGGGGAAAAACUGGACAAAUUCAGGUGUGGGUAAUUCAAGAAGGGUAUCACUUUUCAUUCAGAGGCAGUGUACCCCUGUUUACUUGUUGCUUUGAUGACAAGACAGUGAGAGCGAUUGUCACCUUUCCACCUUGUUUGUGAGCUCCCAGGGGGAGUUGAGUGGUCACUCUGGAGAACAAAACAGUGGGCUCCGUAAACUCAAUCCCAGAAUCAGCAGCACAAUUUUUGUAUUCUUAACUAAAAUAAUUUUCAAAGUAAGGUUUUGAGUGCCAUCAGGAGACACACUCUUGAUUUAUUCUUCUGACUAAUGGAUUGACUACACUUCAAUCAAAUACAUCCAUAUGGAUACAUCGAUGCCAUUCGUACUAGAAUGCUAGGAUACUAUUUGUACAAGAUAUUAGAGCACUGACUCAUCUUAGCUUUUAGUGGGCACAAGCACAAGCUAAUUCUGUGGGCUGAACAACAGUAUAAAUGUCCCAGUAUUCCUUCUCUGCUUCCUCCCCCCCCCCGCUCCCCUAUGCAUUUAUCUACAAGUAAUCAAAGAACCAUUCUCCCCCUCCAGACAUUUUUCUUAAAAGUUUCCGCAUAAAGCCAAGCCAGCUGAAAGAAAAAUUAUACAUUAUACAUGAAGACAGUGGUGGACUUAGCAUUGAGCAGAUUACAGCACUAAGAAGGUAACCUUUUGGAUAGAAUUCUUUAUUUAUGAUAGAUAUUACUUUUUGAAAACAGCAUCAUUUUGGGCAAAUGAAAGGAGAAGCGAAAGGAUGUGUUUACUGAAGCACCUGAUGUACCUAGCUCCUUGCAUUGGAAAUUAGGGAUGUAACUUUAAAAAAAUACAUAUGCUCUAUUACUCAUUGUUCUCUGGAGGAACCGUAAGCCACCUUGCUGCUUGUAAUGCUGAGCUUUAAGCAAAGUGAGCAACAAAACAAUUCAAUCCAGUUGAGCCAAAUGGCUUGGAUUUAAAAUAAAUUAAUCCCAUGCUUGACAUGAUUAUGGGCCACCCGUUUGCAUUAUUUUCCCCAACCCAUCCAGAGACAGCUUGAAAUAACUUUCCACAGUGCCUUAGGGACAUAGGAAGCCGUCUUCUCCUGAGUUAGACCAUUGGGUCCAUCUAACUCAGAAUUGUCCACACCGAUUGGCAACAGCUCUCCAGGGUUCCAGGCAGAGGACAUUUCUACCUGGAGAUGCUGGGGAUUGAACCUGGGGUUUCUGCAUGCGAAGCAGUUGCUUUAGCACUCAGCUAUGGCCCUUCCCUGUAAUGUGGUUCACCUCUCUCCACUUGCUUUGUGUGCUUGGACCGGGAAGAUUCCAUGGUGCUGCUUUGCAGACUAUCCGAGGCAGGUGAAAGAGGCAUGUGGAUUUACAGUGGUGUCUUCUGGGUGAUGCUAGACUCCAACUCCUGCCAGCAUAGCCAGAGGUCAGGGAUGAUGGGAGUUGAAAUACAACAGCAUCUGAAGAGCACUAUGGUGGGUACCCCUGUACUACAGUACCUACUCUAGCAGUCACAAGGGGAAGGGAGAAUACAGAGACUGCUGAAAGAACUCUCUGCGUGUCAGAACAAGUUUGUGUUGCUUGGUCUAAAUAAAUAGGGAGGUUUGAUUGGUGCCAACUCUCUGUAUUCUGAAUGCCAAGCAAAGGGCUAUUUAUUCAACAAGACAUUGUUUUAAACUCUGACAUUUAACUGUGCUUUUAUCUGCUACGUUUAUGUUUGUAUUGCAUUAUGGUGGGUAUUGUGGCUUUUAAGUUUUGUAAACAGUGCAGGCAAUUUGACUAUGAGGCAGCCUAGAAAUGUAUUACAUCAAACAAACAAAUGAACACUGCUAGAAUUUGUUCCACCUGUGGGAAGGCCCAGUGAAACAGUUCUAGCUGUUGUUGUUUUCCCAAUCUGAAUGUGGGCAGAAGUGGAAAAAUAGACAUAUGGAAUGUAGUUAAUUAUUCAAGAUGGCAGUGGUUAAUGGAUUUGAAACAAGCCAAUACAAAAAUGCUGUAUUUCUCCCCAAUUAAUUAAAAUGGGCAAACAUUCAUUGUUGUUUACUCUGGUUUAGCACACAAAUGAGCCCAUGUUUUUAAGUAUUCUGUUGAAAUUGUUACCAUUGUCUACAAAAUGCCCAUAUUUGACACUGAUGUCUUGGAACCAGGAAUGCUAAUUUGUAUCGAUUUCCCAUAGAUACCAGCCCACCGCGAAAGAUAUAGAAAUGUACAUGUCAUUCAAAGGGUCUCCUUCAGAACUGCAUCUGGUGGAUCAAUUUAUGCUAGAAGUAAGAAGUAUAUCUACGGUUUAAGUCGUGGUUUUGUACAUGCCAUAUUGUCUGCUUCUUGCUCUCUGUUGAUUUUAUGCUGAGUUUAAAACCUGGGAAAAUGCAACUCAUCGAACUUUCUUGGAACAAAGAAAUCCUUUGCAGCAGCUGGGUUGCUUUAUUUAUUCUGAUCUGUCUCCUUAACACAGAAGACUGUGCAAAAGACACAGUGUUAGAUUAUUAGAAUUAAGUUCAAACUGAAACAUUAAAAAAGCAUUUCUAAAAUAUUUCAUUUGUGUUUUUUAAAGUACAGAACAACAGUUGUGUGACUUAAGGCAUUGUUGAAGAUGCAUGUCUAUAGCUGAUAUGCCCCAAGGUGGGAGCUUUUAUCUAGGGUUAUAGUUCAGUACGGAUGUAUCUGGUCCCAAGUUUAGCCUCCAACAACUUUGCUGGUGCUAUGCCAAAACGUGUCCCCAAAUUUCUUAAAAGUUUUCUUCCACUGCAAAAGAGGCUGCCUCAUUCUCAGGACGCUUUAGAAUUUUAAAAAACAUUUUGCGGCUGUGGAAUUGAGCUUUCGUUAUUGUUGCAAGGUGGCUGUGGGGAGAAUGGGCAUAUACAUUUUCCCUUUCCAUUUCUCCAGCACUUUGUAGCCUCUUGGCUCUCUAUGGGAAAAGCUCUGUCAUCUUACUCUGAGUAAGCUGGCCAUUGAGCAGACUUCAGGGGUUUUCAGGAAAAACUCAGGAAGGCUGCAGAGUGCAGACCACUGGAGAAUUAAACUGAAGACUGAAUGAACAGGCACUCACACAUGCUGCUUCACUAUCUUGUAAAUGGGUGCCUUGAAAGUGAGAGAAAUUCAACAACAACCCUGUAGCUCAUGCAUGGGAAUUCCACCAAUUUCCCUCUCCCUUUCCAUUUUGAUCAUUUUUGAGCACAAUUUUCUCAUGAAUUGACAAGCUGGUAUCAAAUGAAUACAUUCCAUCGGAGCAAGGAUUUAUGUUUGCUCAGUAGAACUUCCCUUCAUCUCCUUCCUCCAUGCAUACUCCAAACCCUCUUCAAAUCUGCUUCAGGGGGUUGUUGGAACCCCUAGAACAAGAUUUAACAAGGCAGCUUAAAAUUUUCUUAUGUAGGACAACAGGAAUCUUUUCUGAGUUUCCUUUCCUUUAUGCAGAUGUGUAAAAUACCUAAUUUAUGCAAGAAACUUGACCUCUUGCAUUCCAUUCGUGAACUACCAGAAUCCAUGGCUGAACUGCGGCCAGUAAGUAUCAUACCUUGAUUUCUGUGGGUAAGCAUAUUAUAUUUGUUUGUGUGUGUGCCUUAAAUAAAUUUAAACAUUGAGCUUGCUGUAAUCCUAUCCAUACUUACAUUGGAUAAAGUCCCUUUGUACUCGGGGGACUGGGGUGAAUCUGUCAAACUUGCUUUCUCUUGGUGUUUUUGCUUUUCCCUCCAGUCGUAAGUCCACAUUAGCACAUGUUUGGAUAUGCUAAAUCGAAGUUAUCAUCAAGGGAACCAAAUGCAUGUUAUAGCCAAACAUAAACAGGCAAAUAUAAAAUAAACAGAAGAAUUCUACAUUUCAAUAUGUUCUUUUGUAUAUGUUAUUUGGCUGGAGAACUGCAUUGCAAGCUUUGGAGAAGCACAAAUUUUGAGGGAUGGCUGUAUUUUGGUUUGCAUUUUGUUCCAGGAAGUGAGAAUUAGGUAGGUUCACCUUUAAAUGUGAACUAAACUGAAUUCCUGCCGCCCCCCCUCCAUCUUUACUCCUGAGUCAACAUGCUUAGGGAUGCACUAUAAAGCACCAGAUGCCCUCCAUGUCAAUUUUAAAAGCCGGUGUGUCUAUCUACGUAUGUGUGUGAGCAGAGAUUUUCCUUGGAAAAAGCAACUCACCCGUCAUGUCGUUGACAUUCAUAUUGUAAUAAUGCGGGCAGCCUGAUGUAUAAGUUGUCAUUUCACUGCAUUAUUCAAAAGAAAUGUGGGGAAAGGUUUUGAUGAUCUAUGUGUUGCUCCUGGAUUUGAUAGCCAAGAGAGUAAUAACUAGCAUGAAAGUAAAUUUGAGAUCGUCUAGAUUUUGAAAUACAAUAUGCGCUACCUGCUGGGGUAUCUAAAAUAGCCUUGGGCAAGUCAAAACCUGAGAGAGUUCAUUAGCGGAAAUAGCACCUCCAGAAGGUAAUACCUCAUGAACGAUGACAGAGUCCAUGCCAAUCAACACAGCUGAUACCUUGUAGAUAUUGUUUGAGAUUUAAUUUUUGAGAUAUUUGUCAUUCUUGUUUACCUAUGAAAACACAGUCUAGGUGCCCAAGCAAUACAUCCAACAUUGACUGUUUUGUUUUACAUAAUAAUGAAAAUCUGGUUUGGGGCUCAAGGUGUCCACAGUCUCAAAAAGACUGCCAAUCAUCCAGUUUGAAGAGGCUGCAGGGAGGGAGCUGAACUUAACCUGAACCCCAAAGGCUGGUUCAAAGAACCUCCUGCAUUGUGUCAAUUGCAACUAAGCAUCAAUGCUAAAACCUCUCUGGAGCCUUGAACCUGAACUAGAGCCAAUUGCUCCCAGAUACUGGUUGAAAAUAACAGCUCUCUGUUGGGUGCUCCCAAUGUCAUUCUAUUUUUGGAAAAGCAGGUAUGGGGCACCGGUUUUGAUUGGGGUCACAGCAUGAGGAGAGACACACUUUUCCCCACACCAUAGCCCUGGUCCAGAUUACAUACACCCCUUAUUUAAUUGGAGCUGCUAUAACUUGUGGAUGGGAAAAUAUGAAAAUUUAAUUUUUAAAGUCCACAUGUUUCUCCCUCUAUGGCUAAUAGCAGCUCUAGGGAGGCAAUCCUUCUUUAAUUAAUGAGCUCAAUAUAAGGAAGGGUGAAAAAUAUACAUCCAUAUUGGGAGAGACAAAAGAAAUAAAGAAAAAAGAAUAUCCAACCCAACAAGAUCUGAACAAGUUAAAAUUGCACAUCCCUUUUUCAUUAUGGAAAUCAGUUUUGAAAGAGCACACUGGGGUCAAAAUAAGAAUGAGUUGAGAUUAUUGACAAGCGUGCACUGGGAGAGUAAGAGAGAGUAACCUUUUGCACCCUGUUUUUGCCCUACUGUGUAGUUGCGGAAGCAGUGAUUUGCACAAACCCUCCAUAGGGAGACACCUGUGGUCUGGGUGCAGGGGGACAUAUGAUUAUGCACAUAAGUGGCAGAUAAGACAAGCUACUGCCUGUACUGAAUAUUCAGGCUGCUAUUUCUUCCUGCUGAUUUUUGAAACUAGCAGUGUAUCUCUUUGAGAACACAAAGCAUGAAAUGACUGGCACAUUACCUGCCAAUAAUGUGUCAAGGGCCAUCAAAGGCUGCUAUUUCUAAGCAAAAGCAACUUUGCAAAGGGGUAACAUGAAGUGGGAAAGUGGCAGCAAUGGUGGCAUAUUAACCUUUUCCUUACCUCUUGGUUUUCUGCUCAGAGUUGCCCUUUCACAGCUCUUAUUCUGCCUGUGAGGUCCAAAAAGCAGACUUUUUCUUCACAGAUCCCUCAAUCUGUGUCUGUCACCCUACAGAGGAGGGAAGGGGAGGGAAGAUUAGGAACAUAGAAGCAGCACAAAGAGUCCAGUUACCCCUUCUCACCACCUUUACUGCUCCAAAUUGCCCUUUCUGAAGCUGCUAUUGUAUGUAAUUACUUUCCAAGUCAAGUGUAGCCAACAUGGUGCCCACAGGACUAACAGAAAAGCAGCCUUGCAGGACAAAUGGGGAGGCCUGUGGGGCAAUCUUGGCCUACCAGUUCCCUCGCCUGUUAUAGCACAAAAGUGCCUCUCCACAUAGCAAUAAACGUAUUAAUAUUAGGGAAGCAUUGCAGGAACAACUAAUAAUUGAGAGCCAGUGUGGUGUAGUGGUUAAGAGUGGUAGACUCAUAAUCUGGGGAACCGGGUUCGCGUCUCCGCUCCUCCACAUGCAGCUGCUGGGUGACCUUGGGCCAGUCACACUUCUCUGAAGUCUCUCAGCCCCACUCACCUCACAGAGUGUUUGUUGUGGGGGAGGAAGGGAAAGGAGAACGUUAGCUGCUUGGAGACUCCUUCGGGUAGUGAUAAAGCGGGAUAUCAAAUCCAAACUCUUCCUAAUAAAGUGAUCCAGUAUAAAUCUACCGCUAAUCCACUAUUAUCGCAUCAGUGACAUGUUGCACAAUGUGCCCACAAGCGAAUGCCGAAGAUCCCUGCCAUUACAGUACGUGAGAAUGUAGCAAUCUUGACUAUGAAGUCUUCAUGGCAGAUCCCUACAGAGGCCCCUUUUAUGGCUUGAGAUUCCCAUGGUCUAGAUUAAUUCCUGACCGACCAGAAACAACGCAGAGAGCCCCAUUUAGUCACCCUUGACAAUUUAAUCAAACGAUGCCUCCUUGUGUUCCAGCUCAUAAACCAGAAGAUCAGGGCAUGCAAACAGCUGCAGGACAACCCGAGAUUUGUUGCUGUGCUGGAAUAUAUCUUAGCCAUUGGGAACUACUUAAAUGAAAAUGCUGGGAGAGAGAAGGCCAAAGGCUUUCAGCUGUCUUCUCUGGCUAAAGUAAGUGGUUUUGUUGGGGAAAGGCUUGGAUUGUAGGAGAGUACAAUUUCCCUUUAAAAAAGUGUUUAAAUCUCUCUCUUUUUCUCCUGAGUGCAGAUAAAUAAUACAGCAAUGUCAUUCCCUUCAGAUGAAUGUUUUCUAGAUGCUCCAAAAACCUCAAAGAAAUGCUGAGACUCAGUGCAAACUACUCUGGCAAAGUCCAGACCCUCCAAGUGUCCCUAUUUUCCAGGGACAGUCCCAGAUCUACAGAUGCUGCCUCAGUUUCUGAUUUGAUCCUGGAACGUCCUGCUUUUCCUUAGGACGUCUCCUAUUUUCACUGGAGAAAUGUUGGAGGGUAUGGAGUUAUGUGAUCCCUGAGCCAAGGAGAUAAGUUACUAUACAACCUUUAGGAGACAUCUGAAGGCAGCCCUGUAUAGAGAAGUUUUUUAAUGUUUAAUGCCUAUAUAUAUAUAUAUAUAUAUACACACACACACACACACACAUACCAUAUUUACUCGAGUCUAAUGGACCAUCGAAUCUAAUGCACACCUCAAUUUUCAGAACCUUGAAACCAAAAAAAGUAUUUGCUGUUGAAUGUAAAUGUGCCAUCAAAUCUAAUGUGCACCUAAUUUUCACAAUGUAAUUUGGCCCAAAAAAGGUGAGUACAGUUUUAGAUUUGAGUAAAUACAGUAUAUUGGAAGCUGCCCAGAAUGGUGGCUUCCAUCUGGUAGUCUCCACAUUGCAGGAAUAUCAUUUAAAAUGUGUGGACAUCUGCAAAUAACAAACUUUUGUCCGAAACAGAAAUUAAUGAACAACAGUUUCUGGCCAGAAUUACGAUGCAAUAGGAUAUGCCCAUGUAAAAGUGACUUUUUUGGUUGUAUUAUCUGUGAUCCAUUUGCAGGACUGAUGAUUUGCCUUUGAAAAUGUUGGCAAUAAGAGCAGUUUCCUUUGCCUCAAACUCUGUGUUUGGCUGCUCCUAUUACUGACUGCAUAUUCUCUAGGCAGCCUUGAACCUUUAAGCAUAUUAUCAAAUUCUGCCACAUCUCUAAAUAGAAGUGGAAGUUAUUUUCCCCCACCAUGGCACUUCCCAGGGAUUUCAGUAUAUUGAGUGAAUGAUUUAUGAUGCAUGCGACAAUUCAGAGCCCCAAUUUGGAUGUUUGCCUUUUUUUAUAUUUCUGCUGAACUACCACAUUUAUCAUUAUGAAAAAUAUCUACAAAACCUUACUGUGCCAGACGGCAUCUUUCUCCAUCCCACUACGGAGACUUAAAGCAUUGUUUUACAUGAACUAUUCUUACUGUUUUACACUGGAGUGUGAAACCUUUUGUCACUGUCUAGGAAAUAUAUAUGUCCCAUUUUCAAUGUUAAAAUCGUCCAGUGGGUUACUCCUAAGACCACAUUACCUGCUUUCCUUUUUGUACAUGGGUGUACAGCUAUUUUUGCCAGUCAAGCCCCCUUCAGACAUUUUCUCUCUCUGUAUUUAAAGCAUAUGUGAGGGAGCAGCACCCUCAACACCUCCAACCCUGCUGGCAACACCUUAAUACAUUCAAGUUUUCUGCGGAAGAUCAGAGAACCUGUAAAGCAUCGGUAGUCAACUUGAUGCCCUCCAGAUAUUGUUCUCCAGCUUUCAUCAGCCUCAGCCAGCAUGGCCAAAGGUUGGGUGCAGAGAACUGAAGUUAUUUGAUUUUGGGAGGGUGCCAUGUUGCCAACUGGUGUGGAGGAAUAAUUUCUGGAGGGGGCUUCUGUUUCUCUAGUACAUGAGCUACCCCCCCAAAUGGAGGAAUGGGACAAAUACCAAAAGGUGAAAAAUGCAUAGGUUAUUGUAUCUAUUUAAAAUAUAAAACCUUCAGAAGAAUUAUUCCCAGGAGUAAUAUUUACUCAGCAGAGAGGACCCCCUUGGUAGUUCCUCUGCCUUCAGAAGCUUGGUGUGUGUGGCAGCCUGGCAGAGGGCUUUCUUCAACCUUUAAAAUGUUUCUCAGAGCAGCUCAAAAGUGAUAAGAACAUCCCCAAAAAAGCCCAAAAUAGCAGAGUAGUGUAAAAUAAACUUUAAAACAGAGGCAAUGCUAAAGCAGAACCCAAAAACAAAAUUUAUAAGUCAAAUAAAAAGGUCUUCAUUUGGCACCAAAAAUACAUCAAUGUCAACACCAGGCAUAGAAUCCAAUGUGGUGCUAAGUCUCUGUUUCUGUCAGUGGAAGCAUUUCACAAUGCGAUGUUCCCCCCUCCUCCUGUGCCCCCUAAAUUUAAGGGUUUCCCUAACCUCCUGGAGUGGGUUUGGGGAGGACACAAGUCGGGUGAGGAGACAGGGGGGAGUCCCAUUAUGAAAGUGAAAAGUCUUGAGCUGAGUUAGUAGAAUACUGCUCAUGGCAAGCUUCCCUGGGAAAGGUAUGUCAGACAUGGGUGUCACAAUGGAGAAGGCCCUGUCCGAGAUCACCACCUACCUCACUUCUGAAGGCAAGAGAAAUCACUGAAGGGUCUCUGAAGAACAUUGCAGUAGCCAGGCUGGUUCUUAGCUAUGGUAGUAUUUCUCAGCUUUAGUUCCUAAAUGGCAUUGUUGACACCUGUCUAUCUCAAGAGACAAUGGAGUGCACCUCCAGGGGUAAAGUCAAUCCACUGCAUUAGCAGCACCAAACUGACCUCCCCAGGACACAAGCCUGGGCAGGGUGUAUGGAGGUCCUGGGCUGCCCAGAAGACAAGACUCCUCUCUUGGCCUCACUGAUGUCUUCCCAGGGAAAGCAGAACUAGAGGUGUUGGGUAGUGGUGUUGGGUAGUGGUGGGGGACACCUCUGGUGGGGGACACAUCAUGCUCCUUCUGAGGUAGUUCACCCACCUUUGGUCCCCAUCCUGAACUCAGCUCUGAGCACUCAACAGUGGUCAUACCCUGGGAAUGGCUUCAGCUGGCCAACUAAAACAGGUAAGGGUAGCCAUUGGAUCUCAAACUGUCUAUGCAUUAGGGACUUCCCUUGUAUCUGAAGACUGGCUCUGGCAGAUUGAGCGGACAAGACCAAUGGCCAAGAUGGUGGUUUCUGCACAUGCUGUAGAGGGAAGUAAGGGACAGGUGGGGCUUGCCAACCUGGGAAGGAAGCCCAUCUAGGAGAAGGAAAAUCUGAUCCUAAGCCUCUGCUGCCUUGUGGAACAUCUUCAGGAGAAGAAAAGACUAAGAAGUAAACCCUACAUACAAAUCCAGAUUGGAGUCCCUAAGGUGGUUGGAUGGGGCCUUGUACACCUCCUUCUGGCAAAUCCUACAAUGGUACCUCUGGUUACGAACUAAAUUCGUUCCGGAGGUCCAUUCUUAACCUGAAACCAUUCUUAACCUGAGGUACCACUUUAGCUAAUGGGACCUCCUGCUGCCGCCGCGCGAUUUCUGUUCUCAUCCUGGGGCAAAGUUCUUAACCUGAGGUACUACCUAACAUGUUUGUAACCUGAGGUACCACUGAAUUCACAACAUCCUUCAUGAGGAUGCAGUGAGAAAGGUAGUACAGGCCCUUUGCAGAAAGACCUCUGAAUCCUGUUAGGUUGGAUAGAAGCUUAAAGAAAUCUUAACCCCACUUUUCUGCUCUUAUUAAAUUUUCCUUGGAGCUAUAACAUUUCCCCGCUGCCUCCAUUUUUGAAAAUAAGACACCCCAAAUCUAGGCAAGCCUGUCAAUUACAUUGCUGUCUUCUGUUUGUAGUUAUCAUUGCUACGAGGGAAGGAGAGGAAUUUCACCUUGCUCCAUGCCCUUGUGGAACAGAUCUUCUUACAUGAGCCUGAUUUGGCUACAUUUUCUCAGGAGUUGACAGAAUUUAAAGCUGUUUCUGCUGGUAAGAGGAUUGUUUCCCUUUCCUCCUUUCUUGCAAAUGUUGCUUUUCUCAAAACACCCAUUUCCAUAUUAGAUAUGUGUGAUACUUAUCUGGGUUCACCAUCUGACUUCUUUUCUGCUUUGCCACAGCUUCCAUCAAAGGUCUCAGUGCUGAAGUUGAAGGUAUGUAAAUAUGGUUUCAGAAUUCACCGAAAGCAUUUUUCACACAUUGUGAAGUCACCUGGAACUGGGUUCCAUCGUGUUGAGCUUAUAGGUCUCAAAGAGAAGAGCUUUUUGGGUUUGUUUGAUUCUUUAGUAAUAAUAAAAAACACAUUCAAACUACUGAGGGGGGUGGUUGCCAUGGCAAUAUUUUAACCUGUCAUGUCUCUGCAAGGGAAUUUGAGGAGAAAUAUCUAAGUAAUGGCCAUGAAGUUUGCAAAUUGCGCAUAGAGAAGUCAAUUUCAUUUUGCCUUAAACCAGUGCUCCAUUGGCCUUUAGAAGAGGUAUGGGAGGCAGAAGAAACUUAUUGUGUUUGAGAAACAAAGACUCGGGAAGUAAUUUAAAUCAAAACUUUGAGUUAGGCAUUGAGAUAAUGGAAAUGUGCAGCAAAUCUUCCCAGAUCUGUCCUGUCCCCUGGACUAACAGGUAAUGUGUCCCCAUCCUGGCUCCAGUGCUCUCUGCUAGGCAUGUAAGGAAGAGAUGCUAGUGUUGGCCAAGGAUGCAAGGAAAGUUCCUGAGACAUCUUGUUGGCUGCUGUUGAAAACAGGAUGCUGGACCAGAUGGUGCCUCCAACAGAGGGCUCUUCUUAUGUCCUUACAGAAAAUCUCUCUGGUCUCAUUCUGAAGAAGGCACCCAAGUAGUGCCUAUCCCUGCAGGAGGCCUACUGUGGAGGUUGAAGGAAGCACGGUCUUUAUUUUCCAUUGCUCAGUAAUAGAGCACCUGCUUUGCGUGCAUAAUAUCCCAGGUUCAAAUCUCCAGGGUACUGCUGCCAAAAUACUUUGCCCGUCAGAGUAAAUCGUACUUCUCCAGAUGGAGAAACUGUCUGACUGGCUGGCAUAAGGCACCUUCCUAUGUAACUUUAUGAUUGUCCUCAAAAUUCCACUCAGAAAGAUCUACUACCAACUUUAGUUUAGAUUUCAGAGCCCCAAAACCUUUGAAGAUGGAACAGUCAGAAAGAAUUCAAAGAGGCGUGUGUGUGUAUCUUACAAAAUGUAUUACAUGCAAGAAAGAUUAGUUAAUUAACCAACCAACAAAAUAAUUUACCAUUUCCAAAAAUGCAUCCUGUCAGAUGCCGAGAAUCAAAUAUACAAUUACAGUACUUUUACCUUAACUAUAAACUUCCUAUAACGUAUACCAACAUAUAAUCUAUUAUUGUAUCAGCAAUAUAUCAAAUUCCUUUAUAAUAAUCUGUAUUAUUGGAUUCCAUUCACACAUUCCAGCUGCCUUGUUUGGAUGUCUCUGAAUGUUAGUUUAAUGAUCCCUAUACAUAUCCAAAUUUUCCUUACUAAUUCCUUUUUAAUUCCAGCUUCUUUGGACUUUGACUUUUCAAAAAGUAUUUUUGGAAGUGCAAGGAUUUCUGUGUUUCAUAUUUUUGAAUAUGUAUUUGGUCCCAGUGCUUAUAUCCAAUCCCAGUUGAAAAGGGACCAAAUUUGCUGGCCAAAUGCAAGAUAGAAGUUGGGAGAGCUAUGAAAGAGAAUUUCAAACCAAAUUGAAAAACCGUAAGGUUUGAUGGGAAGACUCCAGUUGACUGAUUGCAGUGAGAUAUUGAUCAGAUGCUUGCAAGUAACCAAAGGCAUAAAACUGUCAGAGAACUUCAAACUGGGGUGGGGUGGAAAAGAUCAAGAAGAAAAAGCAAUGAUUUGGGGGAAAGCCAGUAGCCUACUUUAUUGUGUUGUACAGAAGGUAUACUAUGCAUGUUAUGAGAAGCCCACUAUGGACAGUCCUUUUCCCAUUUUGAUGGCUACUGUCUUCAAGUGUUGAAUAGGAUAUUGCAGGGAGAAGGACCAUAUGCUCAAAGGACAUGCUUAAAGGUUCGCAUUAAGCUAUCAUUCUUCUCUGAUUGAUUGACUGAUUGAUUGAUUGGUGAGUGCAUGCAAAGUAUCAGCUCCUGAAACAAACAGAAUGAAUAAAGUCAGAGCAGUGUGAUAGGCAAAACGCCUCAUUUUCUUCUUCUCUGUUUUGUGAUUAGUUUUACGGAAAGAAUUAGACAGCAUUGCUGAGUGCAGAAGACUAAUCAAACCCAAUGUUAUCAAGGCAGGAGCUGUGGAGUCACAGUUCUACAAAGAGCUGAAGGUAAUUGUGGUCAGGAUUAUGUUUAAAUGGGUAUAUACCAUGCAGAAUUUCAGAGAUCAGAUGUGAAGGGGUUUUUUGGAUGCAGGGAAAGAAGGGUUUAUGACAAGAAUGGGGAAAUAUUGAAUGUGGCCCUACAGCCCCUUGCAACUCUUCCUGGACCACCCACCCUCUUUCCAAGUCACACUUCUCACAGUACAUUUGCUUUCUGGAAUGAAUGAAUAACUGAACUGAGAUAAUGCAUUUUGCUUGCUUAGAUGGAGGAUAAAGAAGCAUGGACAGAUUUGCAUGGCUGAAAUGUGUCCUGCUGUAUGUAGGUAUGGGUCACAUCCACAGAGCUGACCAUUUUUGCCUCUGGCUUUGCAUCCUCCAUGGUCUGUGUCCCCCAGAAAAUUCCCCAUGGGGGAUUGCAAAGUAUUCCCCACUCCUCGUUCACAGAAACUUGUCGGCAAGUCACCCAAAAAAUGAAAAAACCAAGCAAGAUCUAGACCACAGACUCAGGGAUGUCCACUAGUGAUAUUUGGCGGCCCACCAUGCACUCAGCAAACCUCUUGGAUUUUGUCCCUGCCUGGGACUCUCUGCACAGAGGGGCCAUCUGACUGGUCACGAUCCAUGUCAGUUUGACGCCAUUCAUGUUACAUGUUGUAGAUUCCUGUUCUAGAAAGUUGCAUGGCUACAACUCCUAGCAUGACGUAGCAUAAACGUUAAAGAGAAGGAAAUAAGUAUCCAAUCUCUGUUUGGCUAUUUUCCUCAUCCUAUGACUAGCUUCAAGUUGUCACACAUAAGAAGAAAGCUUGAAAGCCUCACCAUUACUUGCCAGAGCAAGGAGAUGCUGUCAAUUACCCUAUUGCUCCAGGAGAACAUGUUACUGCUAUUGCUUAAAGUUUAUGUUCCUCUAAGCCCACCAUCCAAGACAUCACUGCAGUGGAGCAUUUUCCUUCUUUGUCCAGGAUCUGAAGAUGACCCGUCAUGUAAUUUGGUAUAGCCAAGCCAAUUGUCAGUCUUGAUCAAUAAUCCUCUGCGUAUGCCACAGACUCAUGUCUAUGUGAUUGUGUGUUGCCAAUUUCUCCUCUAGCUAUAGCCAUAUGCAUUUCUUUGAAUGCCACAGCAGAGGGUUCUCUGACCUUGAGGAAUAGCGUUUCAGAGGGUUAUUACUGGAAUUGAAUUUAUUAUCUAUUUACAGCCCAGUUCAUACUUCUACCAUGGUGAGAUAAGCAGCUGGCUAGCAUGUGUCAAUUUGCUAAAAUAAAUAUCAUCAUCAUCAUCAUCAUCAUCAAAUGAAUACAGAGAAGAAAGAUACACAGCAUAACAAUGUUUUUUUAAAAAUUAAAAUACUAUGGCUGCAAUCCUAGUACCACUUACCUGGGAGCAAGCCUCAUUGAAUAGAAUAGAACUUACUUCCAAGCAGAUGUGGUUGUUAUGAUGAUGAUGAUGAUGAUGAUAUUUAUACCCUACCCAUCUGGCUGGCUUUCCCCAGCCACCCUGGGUGACUCUCAACAGAAUAUUAAAAACAUGAUAAACUAUCAAACAUUAAAAACAUCCCUAAAGAGAGCUGCCUUCAAAUGUCUUCUAAAAGUCAGAUAGUUGUUUAUUUCCUUGACAUCUGAUGAGAGAGCAUUCCACAGGGUGGGCGUCACUACCGAGAAGGCCCUCUGCCUGCUUCCCUGUAACUUCACUUUUCGCAGUUAGGGAACAGCCAGAAGGCCCUCGGAGCUGGACCUCUGGUUAGGGUUGUUAGCAGAUAACAUGGUGGGCUUGUGCCCCUUCCUAGUGCUGGUAUGAGAUUAGAUAUUUGAACUCCUCUCAACUUGCUGCUGUGUGAUGGAUAGUUUGUUUAAACCUGAGUGGGGGACCCUUUACAGUGUGAAGACUAGAUUCCCUUGUGGGCAACCUUCCAGGAGCUGGGGCCAGUGGCAAAAAUGGAAAGCUGCAUCUUUUAUGGUAGGCUACAUUCCUUCCAGGGACGCGGGUGGCGUUGUGGGUUAAACCACAGAGCCUAGGACUUGCCAAUCAGAAGGUCGGCAGUUUGAAUCCCUGCGACGGGGUGAGCUCCCGUUGCUCGGUCCCUGCUCCUGCCAACUUAGCAGUAUGAAAGCACGUCAAAGUGCAAGUAGGUAAAUAGGUACCGCUCCGGCGGGAAGGUAAACGGCAUUUCUGUGAGCUGCUCUGGUUCGCCAGAAGCGGUUUAGUCAUGCUGGCCACAUGACCCGGAAGCUGUACGCCGGCUCCCUCAGCCAAUAAAGCGAGAUGAGUGCUGCAACCCCAGAGUCGGUCACGACUGGACCUAAUGGUCCCGGGUCCCUUUACCUUUACCUUACAUUCCUUCCACACGGAGGCCACACUCACAUUUCUCCAUUCAGGUGAGCAAGAAGCAUUCUCUCAGCUCAUGGGCACCUUCAAGCCAGGCAAAAGCAUUGAAGGAGGCUGCAGAGCACACCUGGUGAGGAGUGUGGAUUGAAGAAGGGCAUGGCCUGAGAAGAAUCCUGACAGGGAAGGUCUGCAGGAUGGCCUGAGGUUCUUCACUCCUUGCUUAAGCCUUCCUCUCACCCCACCACUAUGAUGGAGAAGUUAAAGGAGUGGAGGAUGCCUGCAUGUGUGUGUGAAUUCUGAACAUUCAAGUUUGACUCCCUUCAACCCAGUGUUUGUGAUCUUUUUUUAUUGAUGUUUGUAAGUGGCUUUGAGGUCGCAUUAGACUUUAAUGUGACACUCAUUCCAGAUUGUGCUUUAUGUUUCAGGAUUUGAUUCAGGCAUAUGAAGGCGACCUUUCUCAGUUAUUUAGAAGCUGUCAAGAAAUGAAAAAGGCCUAUCAUAACAUACUGGUACGUUUUAUUUUAAAAUAUAAGUGUCAAAUAAGCUGUUUUCUUAUCAACAGUGACCUCUAGAAAUGCAGAGAAAUAUCACCUUUGACAAAUACGAUUCAUAGUGCAGCGUUUAGGCUGCAUUCUUAAACACCCAUUCUAGGGAGCGAGCUCUUGAGAACAGUGCACUUUCGAGUAAAUGUGCAUUGGACUUAGGUACUUACUAUCCGGCUUUAAAUUAAACAGAACAAAAACUAAAAUGAUGACUAAAAAUAUGAAAGAAGAGGUAAAAAACCAUCUUGAAUUACAGACUGGGAUCAAAGCAACUAAAAAAGUAAAAUACCUCGGAAUUUGGCUAACGAUGAAGAAUAUAAAUUUAAUGGAAGACAACUACAUAAACACAUGGAAAGAAAUAAGGAAGGACCUGGAUACUUGGAACAGAUUAAAACUCUCUUGGUCGGGGAGAAUGGCGGCAAUUAAGAUAAGUUUAUUACCGAAAUUGCUGUUCUUAUUUCAAAAUAUACUGAUAAUCAGGGGAACCUCAGUAUUUAAAGAUUGGCAGAAAGUACUAUCUAAAUUUAUUUGGCAAGGGAAAAGGCCAAGAAUUAGAUUCAAAUUACUCACAGAUCAAAGAGAUAGGGGAGGAUUUGCGGUUCCAAAUUUGAAGCUGUAUUAUGAAGCCUCGUGCCUUUGCUGGGUUAAAGAUUGGAUUGUCAUCAAAAACACUGAUCUGUUAGAUUUAGAAGGAUUCAAUAUAAGAUUUGGUUGGCAUGCCUAUUUGUGGCGCAAUAAGGAAAAGGUCCACAAAGGAUUUUAUAAUCAUAUUAUUAGAGGGCCACUGUUGGAAGUAUGGGAGAGAAACAAAAAAUUAUUGGAAAAAAAUACCCAUUGGUGGUUAUCACCAAUCGAUAUUUUAACAACAACAAAAACCAAACAUUGAAGGAAAAAGAUGAACUUAUGAAGAUCUGCUAGUAAAAACAGAAAAUGGAUGGAAGAUUAGGCCAUAUGAAGAGAUAAAGAAUAAACUGACAGGUUGGAUCCAAUUUCACCAAAUUAAUGCUAUGUGGACUGACGAUAAAAAGAAUGGGAUGAACGGAAAAAAAUCCAGAUUCCAGGUAGAAAUAUUAGAAAACAAAUCAAAACUCCUAUCAAAAAUGUACAGCCAAUUGCUUGAAUGGGACACCAAAGAUGAAGAAAUAAAGGAGGUAAUGGUGAAAUGGGCGUUAGACUUUGGAUACAACAUAGAGUUUGAUAAGUGGAAGAAACUCUGGAAUAAAGGUAUGAAAUUCUCGGCAUGUACAACACUUAGAGAGAACAUGGAGAAAAUGAUGUACAGGUGGUACAUCACGCCCGUAAAAUUAGAAAAAAUGUACAAAACCGGAGACAAAUUAUAGAAUCAUAGAAUCAUAGAAUCAUAGAAUCAUAGAGUUGGAAGAGACCACAAGGGCCAUCGAGUCCAACCCCCUGCCAAGCAGGAAACACCAUCAGAGCACUCCUGACAUAUGGUUGUCAAGCCUCUGCUUAAAGACCUCCAAAGAAGGAGACUCCACCACACUCCUUGGCAGCAAAUUCCACUGUCGAACAGCUCUCACUGUCAGGAAGUUCUUCCUAAUGUUUAGGUGGAAUCUUCUUUCUUGUAGUUUGGAUCCAUUGCUCCGUGUCCGCUUCUCUGGAGCAGCAGAAAACAACCUUUCUCCCUCCUCUAUGUGACAUCCUUUUAUAGAUUUGAACAUGGCUAUCAUAUCACCCCUUAACCUCCUCUUCUCCAGGCUAAACAUGCCCAGCUCCCUUAGCCGUUCCUCAUAAGGCAUCGUUUCCAGGCCUUUGACCAUUUUGGUUGCCCUCCUCUGGACACGUUCCAGUUUGUCAGUGUCCUUCUUGAACUGUGGUGCCCAGAACUGGACACAGUACUCCAGGUGAGGUCUGACCAGAGCAGAAUACAGUGGCACUAUUACUUCCCUUGAUCUAGAUGCUAUACUCCUAUUGAUGCAGCCCAGAAUUGCAUUGGCUUUCUAGCUGCCGCGUCACACUGUUGGCUCAUGUCAAGUUUGUGGUCAACCAAGACUCCUAGAUCCUUUUCACAUGUACUGCUCUCAAGCCAGGUGUCACCCAUCUUGUAUUUGUGCCUCUCAUUUUUUUUGCCCACGUGCAUUAUGCUGGAAAUGCAAGAUUAAGGAAUGCAAUUUUUAUCACAUGUGGUGGUCGUGCGAGGUAAUUAGAAAGUUUUGGGAAUCUAUUUACAAUAAGCUAAAAAAGAUAUUUAAAUAUACCUUCACAAAAAAACCCGAGGCCUUCCUUCUGGGGAUAAUUGGAGAAGAAAUUAAAAAGGAAGACCAAACACUUUUCCAAUAUGCAACAGUGGCUGCUAGAACUCUAAUAGCACAAAAUUGGAAGACAUCAAAAAUCCCAACUAUAAACGAGUGGCAAUCUAAAUUAUUUGAUUAUAUAGAACUGGCAAAAAUGACACAGAAAAUAAGAAACCAAAAAGGUACAAAGUUUAAUAAUGAAUGGAAUAAAUUUAUAACGUAUAUUGAAAUAGAUGUAAAAAACCUAAAAAUCACAGUAGGCUCGAUAUAAUGCUUGCGACGUAAAGAGUUUUAAGAAAACGAAACUGCAGAUAGAAAACUUCUUGUAACAUAUUCCGAAACCGAGUUGAAGGGAAGUCAAUUAUUGUGUGAUUUAGUUGUUUAGUUACUGUAAGUUUAAUUUUUUGGUGUCUUAUGUUAUGCAAUGUUUUUCUUCUUUUUGCUGUUUUUGUGUGUGUUUUGUCUGUCUUUUUUGUUGUUUUAAUGUUUGGUGUUGUAUAAUGAAUCGAAACUAAUAAAAAUGAAAAAAAAAGGAUUAGGUACUUAUUGAAGGCAGCAGUCCUGCAUACAUGUGUUACAUGGGAGUAAAUCUCAUUGCAUAUAGGAGGCAUUUCUUCUGUUCCACUAACUAUGCUUAGGAAUGCACCAUCUAUGUUUUAAAUCAGAUUGCUGCUGUUCAUUUAAUCAACUUGCACAGUUUACCUUACCGUGUCUCAGUGCUUUUUCAAAAUAAAUAAAUAAUACUUAAUUAAAGUAACAGGGACUUCUAGCAAAUAACACUAAGUGACACAGACAAAAACCUUUAUUGUAUGGAGAUUCCUAAUGCAUUUCCUGAAUGAAGAGACUCUUUGCAUCAACACUUAUUAUCUCUGAAUUUCCUUUCACGGGUGAUGAAUCCAAUUAAAAAAAAUAUGAUGAAUGCAUGGCUAAUGCAAAGUAGUAUGCAAGAAGAAGGAUGUAAGACAAUUCUCCACAAUUUUCCAGCUGCGGUAAAUCUCAACGCAUUGCACUCUCUCUGCACAUCUUGACUGAACAUGCUGUACCUACUUUAUGUUUCAAGUUCAUGUUCUCGCAGUGGCAAUGACUGGGGUGAGGCCACUUUGGAUGUUGCCUUUAGCAAUGUGAGAGCUGCUGCAGCAAAGCGCCAAAGCCAGUGUGGUGUAGUGGUUAAGAGUGGUAGACUCGUAAUCUGGUGAACCGGGUUCACUUCCCCACUCCUCCACAUGCAGCUGCUGGGUGACCUUGGGCUAGUCACACUUCUCUGAAAUUUCUCAACCCCACUCACCUCACAGAGUGUUUGCUGUGAGGGAGGAAGGGAAAGGAGAAUGUCAGCCGCUUUGAGACUCCUUCGGGUAGUGAUAAAGCGGGAUAUCAAAUCUAAACUCCUCCUCUUCUUCUUUCUGCUCUGUUUGUCAGUGGAGUAUGGAUGACGAGCUUGCAGGGUGGAUGCUAGUUAUUCCAUAAAGAAGAAAAAGGUGCUCUAAAUAUGCUCUCUUCUUUAUUACCACUCCAUGCAGCCCAAGGAUGAACUCUGAUGUUCUUGGGAAGAGGUUCCAAGGCUAGGAUCUGGUGAACCCUGCCUCAGAUCACACCCAUCAUGGAUGUUCAUGGCUCUUACUUUCUUCUGUAGACAUCUGAGCCAGCCUGAGAUGGCUAGAUUUCACCAGGCCCUUGAUAACCUCCAUGGUGCUUGACUAUUUAGACUGUGAGCCAAAGUUCCCAAGCACAAUUCAAUCCUUGGUGCUUGGAGAUCAAACAUAGCUUUCCAGGCCUCUCUAGUUGACUCCUUGAGUGUUGCCUGGCUGGAACAUCUCCUUGAGCUCCAGUAAUGUUUCUUGCUUGUUUAGAUGGAGGACAGAGAGGGCUGUGAGAGUAUUUGUAAUAAUUAGCCUACUGUAAGAUUCACAUUUGUUGCCCCACCCACAUUUGCCUCUGCCUCUGCCCACCACUGUUAUGUGGCCCCUGGAAACCUUCACAUAAGGCCCUGUGGUCUUCAGACUGGAAAAAGUCCCCAUCAGAGGCUAUGCUCCAUGUCCUUCAGAGACUUAUCUGGUUGGGAUUGCUCUUCUCAGUAAGGGAACAAAGGUUAUGAAAGGUGGGAGAGCAGGUGGAUCUCAUUACCCCCUCCCCCAGUCUCUCCCUAGUACCUGCAAACUCCUCCUCCUUUCCUGGGCAUCCUGCCAAGAAAAGACUAUCCUGGUUCAAAAUGUUUUGCUCUGGGGAGCCCACUGGGGCAAGAGUUUUCCCGAGAGGUGGUUACCUCCUGGGACUAUGACCCAAAGCCACCUCUUGGACCACAGCAACUCCUCGUGUUUAGGCGAAUUCGCCCAUCUGUGGUUUUUAAUGUUGGGUAAGGUUUCAGCUCCCACGAAAGCUCUCCUGAAACUCUGUUCAUUUAUAUGGUUUUCUCGCUGCAUGGGUUCUUCGAUGUAAAGUAAGUUGACUGCUUACACUGAAGCUCUUUCCACACUGCGUGCAUUUAAAUGUUUUCUCCCUUGUGUGGGUUCUCUGAUGAUGUGAAAGGCAACUGCUUACACUAAAGCUUUUUCUACACUCCAUGUAUCUCCAUGCCUUUCCCCACAUCACAUGUACUGAGGAUGCAGCCUUGGAUCACAAAUGAUAACUCUCAAACCUAAUUUGCUAUGCCACUGUGUAGCUACACUUUUUAAAAUAAAAGACAAGAGAGACACUGAAAAAGACCUUGACAUAUUCUUAUGAAAAGGUUAUUUUCAGUAAAACCUCACUAAUUGCAUUUUUCUGGGUCCAGCAUUGCUUUAAUCUUCUGCUCCUGUUCAGAUGAUGCUCCCAAAUGCUUGAGGGGCCUCACCAUCCCUUUCUGUAAUGUUUUAUGUAAAACUGAGAAGCAAUCACCUCUCUACAUACACAUUCUCAUCUGCAAAUAACAUUGAAUAUGCUCUGCACCAGAAGCAGCUUCCUAGAGGGAGCGGAGCUGUUUUGCCAGCUUCCUGGACGGUGGGUCACUGUUGUUUACUGAGAGGAAAAGGGGACCAUGGUGUGGACAUCAGCAUAGUGCACUGGUAGGAGUGUUGGAUUGGUUCGGCUGGUGCAUUUGCACCACGCCAGACUCCCUGAUGCCUCACCCAUCCUCCUCAUAGUAAGUAUCAAUAAUUCACCUUCCAGGAAGCUACUGCAGGGUCUCUGCCUUACUCAGCAAGCUCUUUCUGCUCUGCACCUUAAGGUAGGGUUACCAGACAUCCCCAGUUCCUGGGGACAGUCCCCGGAUUUGCACAUCUGUCCCCGGACAAAUUCUGUCUCCAGAAUGUCCCCAGAUUUGCAAAUCAGUCACCGGGAAACAUGGUAGCGGCAGCCUCAGCAGCCCGGAGCCAGCCUGGUAGCGCAGUUGGCUCUGGCUGGCUUCGGGAGCUGCUCUCUGCUGUGGCACCCGCCAUUUUUUCUCUCCGGAAGUCCCCGUAUGAUGUGUCUUGUGUGCAGUUUUUCUGCCAGGCAAGGUGCAAAGCAGUUCUUUCACACCCUGUGAAAAAUAAAUGUGCAGGUUUUAAAAAACUAGGCUACGGCGCGCUGCCCACCUGCGACUCGCGAGCCUCCCCUGAUCUCCUGCCCCCUUUGUUUGGACAGAUCAGGGUAGGCUCAGGAGUCGCAGGUGGGCGGCUGUUGCCCAGUUUUUAAAAAAACUCUGUGCAUUUAUGCUUCACAGGGUGCGAAAGAAGGGCUUUGCACCUUUAUACAAUAUGCAUGUGUGCUUGGGCCCAGGGUCUUUUGCCACACCAUCCCCACUACUGACUCCCUGUUGCUACUCAGCUCCAAAAAACUCCCCCAAAAACCACAACUUGUCCCCGGAUUCAUUGAAAAAAAUCUGGAAACCUUACCUUAAGGCUGCAAUCUUGUGCAUGCUUGAUAGGAAGCCAAUGCUAUGAAAGUCAAAAGAAUGCAAAGUUGGAUGGAUCUGUUGAUUUCAGUUUCUCUCUGUUUCAUUUCCCCCUCAUUUCUGCAUCAGAUUAUUUUAAAAAUUCUCUCUCACACACAAAUUAUUUGCUUUUUAAGUGCAUUUUUCUUACUAUGCGCAUAUUUGCAAGCAACGUUCUUGAAUGAUCACAUUGUUUUCACUCAAAUAAUGGAGACCUUCUUCACAAAAUUCGGAGAACUGUGAAUUUCAAAUGUUAGGUGUGUUUCAGUUUGUUUAUUGGUUCAGGAAGUAUCAGUCAGGCUGAUCCAACCCCUUCGCAUCACUAGUGGGUUGUAUUUCCAUUGAGUCUCACUGAGGUUUACUUCUGAGUAGCUGUGCCUAAGUCUGCACUAUGAGUUAUGGCUAAUCUUUGUUGGAUUCUACCUGGAGGCUGUGAUUUUCCACCCAUUUCAAAUGGGUGCUUAAAAAUCUGUUGCAGAACACUGACACAGCAGCUGUUCAGGAGCUUCAAGCCAUAUCAUUACUAUAGCUUUUGAAUUAAACUGUGCAACUACAGACUACUAUGUUACAGCCUUUGAGGUUGGUCUCUUCUGGCUAUGGAACAGCCUUCCCAGAACAGAAUUACCUGGUGGUCAUUUUGGUGACUAAUGACUACUUUUUUUAAUUAAACAAAUUCACAUUUUAAGCAACUAGCAUUAUAAACAAAAUCUGGAUGGGGUUUGUCUAAAUUGUCUUGCACAAUUUUUCUCCACCUCCCUUCAAUUUUUUAAUGCUCAGAUUUUUGUUUGUUUGUUUUGCUUCUUGGAUUUGAACAUUUUGUUCUGAGUGGCUGUGGAAACACAACCAGAUGGGCAGGGCAUAAAUAAUAAAAUUAUUAAUUAUUAUUGAUAGGAUGCUCAUAAGGGACUGUUUAUAAAACAAGCAGCCAAGCAAGCACAUGCAUUGGUUGGAUGUGCUACUCUUUCCGCUGAACAUCUAUAGCAAACAGAGUUCCCAAGCCUGUCAAUACUCCUAAGAGUAUCCCACAGCUAUUGGUAGCAACUGCAUUAUCAACAGUGUAGAUAAAUCUAUUGGUUGCUGCACUUGUUACUCCCCAUUUUUGGGGUAUGCGUGCGUGCUUCAUCAUAAGUAGAUAUGAUGGGAUUAACAUCUGAUUCGCGUAGGAUUGCCUUCAAUUUACCCUGCUGGAGAUCAACACCUUCUAGAUGUUUGGUCGUUAGCUGUAGAAAUAGUAUCUUUUCUUCACUACAGCCUUUCGUGGGCUGUGUUAUCAUCUACAGGCUUCCAUCACCCCAGAGGUGCAAUUAGGAGCUCAUUGUGAGAGCUAUUGAUUAGUCACUGAUAGAGGAAGUUUACUUGAUUGGUGAGUGAAUUAGAUUUGGAAUGAUUUGUGACUCUUUGCUUUGGGUCCCUGUAAGAGUCUGUUGUCAGAUUAUGCGUUUUAUUGAUACGCCAAAAUAAAGAGAAACAGAGCAAAUGAAUAAUCAAUUGGCCAUCAGAACAAAGGAUAAGGAGACUUUGCUGAAACCAUUCUGUGCAAUUGAUGAUGGGCCAUAAUGCAACUUCGCUUAAACAGGAAAGGAACAAAUUCCAUAGUGUGAGUUUGCUUUUUAAGCAAUGCUGUAUGGUUAUUUGAUGAGGGAUAAGUAGUGAGGUUCCAACUCGGUAUGAAGGAGAAAUUUGAUUUCAUCUGAAGCAGAAUCUAUUAAAUUCUCACUUUCCAAAAAAAAAAUAAAAAAAAAAUUAUGUGACAUAGCUACCUUUCAAAAUAUGCACUCAUCUGAAUUUUGCUAUGCAGUUCGCCAAGUAAUGUUUUAAAAAAUGCAUAUAUUAAGCGCAAUUGUGAAAAGCACAGAGCCUCCACCAGGAAAAAGAUGGCAAUAUUUCUUUCCACCUCCCUUUUCUUAUCCUAAAUGCUUGGGGCAGAAAUUGCAGGUUAAGGUAUAUAGAAUGUUGUAGAUGUAACCAACGACAGACAGAGAUAGCUUUUCCUUAUGCUGCAUCCAAGAACUGGGCAAAUUCCAAGUAUGGAUUUAAUGGCUAACUUGUUAACUCUGGCCAAAUUGUUCUUUAUCCAAAUAGCUUAAAAAUGUUAAUGUGAUUUUCUCACUUAGGGCAGUGGAUUGGUUGAACAAACUGUGAGAAACAGAUGAAGUUGACAAGUUAACUAUCCUGAUUUUAAUUAGGGAAUGCAUUGAGGAUACAGGUGUGCUUAUAUAUUCAAUAAUAGUAUCCUCUUUCUGAAUUACUGGAAUGAUAAUCGAAAAGGAAUUUGAUGUGAUUUAGAAUUUCUCAAAGAUUAUAUAUUGCAGGUGUAAUUCAAGAGUAAAUCCUUGCUUUUAAUUUUUGUUGUGCAAGUGAAAUAAGAUAACUGCCCAUUACUCUAUUUAACACUUAAUCCCAAAUAGUGGUGGAAAUAAUUUUUAAAAUCUAGUAUUCUUUCAAAUGAUGCCUGGGCUCAAAUUAGGGUUCCUCUCAGGAGAAGGGAGUUCCAUCAUUGUGAAACAGUGACCAAAAUGACCUAUACAAUGGUGUGUGGUCAGUGAACCAGGAGGACUAGGCCAGUCCCCUAAAUGUUUCCCUGGCACUUUGUUCCCAAAGCCUCGGAAGCUCUUGCCCAGCUUGGGAAGGAGGUGCGAUGCUCACAUACACAACUUUGUGACAUCAUGCACACAUCCUCCCACAAUCACCCUCACAAGCUGGUGCCUCUGGCCCUAACUGUUCUGCUAUGAAAAAUUUCACCACAUAGGCUCAGGUUGUAUAUAUGUGUAAAUAAACCAUAUAUCAUAUAGACACCACAGUCACCACUGUGCCUCAUUUCCAAAAGGAAACACAAACCCUGGGUGAGCGCCUGGGACCCCUGGAAUCUCACACUUGCUUGGAGAUUUGUGUGGCAUGCAACAAUAUGUAUCAAUAAGGAAUCAGUACAUGACAUCUUAGAAAUGUAGAGGCAAUUGUCCUUGUUUAAGUGUGUUGGGCCCUGUAUAUUUUGAUCAUAAAGAGGCCUGAUUCUCACUUUAAGAUACAUGUGGGAAAUGCAGGAGAGAACACAGAGGAUGGAAUAGCAUUUCUGCAAUGUGGUGGAUCUGCUUAUCUUGACCUUCUUGCCAUCAGUUGCCAUCCUUAUACCAUUUGUAUUCAAGGUGCUUCCAGCAAUAAAUUCUGCUUGUAAACCAUUUGGGUUUGGCUUUUUGUAACAGAACCUUCCAACACAGUUUAAGUGCCAUUUUGCUUCCUGGGCCUUCAUUGUGACAAAUCCUACGCUGACAUAGAGGAAGCAGGCUAUAUUUCAGCUCGUCACUCUUGCCUGAUCUUUCCAAUCCACAAUAAUCUUUACAUGGCUCAUAUGUGAAUAACAUUAAACAGCUAGUCAUUAUUAUUGUUAUUAUCUUGCAGAUGAAAUUUGGGGAAGCAGAAGAUCGAGACUCAGAAGAGCUUUUUGCCUGGAUUUCAACUUUUAUCAGUGAUUUCAGAAGAGUCUCAGCCGAGAUGAUACCAUGAGUGCAGUCACUGAUUCGGCAAAACUGAACAGUGUUGCCUUGAGGGUGUUGGCAGAAAUCGGAUGAUUUGUGGGGUUAUUGUUUUAGUCAUUUGUACAUCAAUGAAUUUCUGCUUGAAUGUAACUUUCUUAAUGACCUUGCAGACCCUGUGCUGAAAAACCACUGCUGCCAGGAAGGCCCAAAUGGGAUUUACAAUAGUUCUUCCAGCUAGAGGUAAAGUAAGGAGAACAGGACCGUUGAUUUGUUAUCAGGCCUGAACCAGUCUCUGAAUGUAAGCCAAGAACUUCCUAACUUUGUGAAAGACCAUGGACUAUAUGUGAUUUGCCACUUUCUCCAAUGUGCUGCCCUUCAGAUGUUCUGGAGCUGUAGUCCAAAAACAUCCAGAAGGCAUCAGCUUGACAGAGUUUUUUUCAGACACACAAGAACAGCGAUGUUCUACUGUAGCCCUUUAUGGGCCACCUUUGGUAUAAAUUAUAGAAAUCUAUCACUUUGCCCUUAUUGUAUGUGGAUAUCAGAGCAGUGCUUUCUACUGACCUCAGGUAUCCUGAACUAGAGAAAACAGUAUCCACGUGUACAGGUGCCCUCAGUGCUGGCCCUGGACCAAAGAGUGCCCCAGGUGAGGAGCAUCCUCAGUGCCCCUCUACUGAAUACCAUUUUGCUGACUGCAUUCAUAGCACAGUUGAUUAAUGCAUAGAUUGGAUGCAUGGCUUGUCCCCGUCAUCCUAUCCCUGAUCACACAGAUCACUUCAAUGCAAGCUGAUUCCACUGAAUGGGCAACUGUUGUUUUAAAAUGUGCUCAUAAUAAAAAUAAACAAUGCUGCAAUGCUGAUCACGAAAGUAAGUAUUUCCAUCUUUUCAAAUGAAGAAAAAUUGGUUGAAUUACUGUUGUUUUAGCUGUUGAGUUCCACCCCCAAGCCUAGCAUCCUAGGUCAGGGGUGGAGAAACAUAGUCCUGGGGAGCAGGAAGAUUUUGUGGCAAAGCCUACUGGGAAGAGUUGUUGUGCUCACUAAGCCUGAGCUCUUUUGUUCCUUGGAAUAAAGAGUUCACUUUACUGACAUGUGAGUUAUUGCUGACCAGCUCCCAGCUCCCACCUUGACAUCAAGGUGGGUCUUUACAGCAUAACCAGGAUCCUUGCUCCUGUUUUGCUGAAUACAGGCACUAUUAGCACUCAUGUCCAGGUCUAGGGCUCAAGACUUCCUCAAAUCUCACUUGCAGCCAACAGCAUUUGACUGCCAACCUACAGCAGCAGUCAAUGUGUGAUAGAUGUGCAAUACAUUUCUCAUAUCAGGUCAACUUAAAAUUCACAAAUACAUAACAGUGAAUUCCAAACUACAGUGGUACCUCGGGUUAAGUACUUAAUUCAUUCUGGAGGUCCGUUCUUAACCUGAAACUGUUCUUAACCUGAAGCACCACUUUAGCUAAUGGGGCCUCCUGCUGCCACGCACCGCCGGAGCACGAUUUCUGUGCUCAUACUGAAACAAAGUUCUUAACCUGAAGCACUAUUUCUGGGUUAGCGGAGUCUGUAACCUGAAGCGUAUGUAACCUGAAGCCUAUGUAACCUGAGGUACCACUGUAUGGCAUUGCAUUUCAGGUUUGUUGUUUGCUUAGUCAUCCCAUGCCUGGAAUGGAAAUCAAUUCAGUGAAUGUGAUUGGUUGCUGUUGCUUUCUGUCUGCAAACAGUAUGUAACUGAUGACCUUUCUUUGUCCAUUGGCAUUGUGUUUCCGUUGCACUGAAAUGAAUGGAGUAGAAAAACGCAACAAGGUCACUUAUGCACUUAAUCAUGUAGGUUACAUACAUUCAAACCAGUAGGCAGUGAGAUGACUAGCAUAGUUUUGUGUGGAAGGCGAAUUGCAGUGGAACAGUCACAGUGUCACAUACUAUGGAUCCAGGGUGGAACAGAAAAAAAGCUUGGAGUGGAAUGCCCAUCCUGGGCUUCCAUUUAAGAGUAAGUAGCUGGAUGAGGGCAUGGCUGGUUGGAAGGAAGAAACCUUGAAGAGGAGCACCUUGAAACUAAAGAUACAUUGCAAUGUCUCAUUGUCGGUUCCAAUUGCAUGAUAUUGCCCUACCUUUUUAAAUUAAAAAGAGAGAGAGGCUAAUACCAGUUUUAGCGUAGUUCACUGUUGGAGUGAUUCAAUAUACUAGUAUUGUGUUGAUGGAAGGGGCAAAAUGUUAGGAACAGAGGCAAAAGUUACAAAAGCAAUUAGUUUCACAGAAUCGUCACAAUGCAUUUUACGGCUAACUAACUUGCCUCUCUAAAGAAAUUUACACUUCCCCCAAAUAUUCGCCAGUUUGAGUGUUGGUUUUAAUAAUCACACAAUAAAUGGAAGGUCGGCAAAUUGCCUGUGAGAUCAGGGGGAGGGGGCAUAGGACUUGCAAAUGAACAGAGAAAAUUAUUUUUAUCGUGUGAGUGGAAAAGGGUGUUACAUGUGCUAUUUAUAGAGACUGGGAAAGGAUAACUGAGAAAUGUUGUUCUGCCUUGUCUUUCUACUCUGCUCCUGAAAUAGGAAGAAUGAACCUCAGCCGAACAAUGGGGCAGCUGCUAACCCUUAGAUGUUCAUGCAAGAACAUUGAUUUGGUGCCUAUUGGGAUGGUUGGAAAUGGAGACUGCAAUCUUCAUAUUACCAUCCAAAACCCCCAAAACAUAGAAAUUCGGCAGGUGCCUUCUGUUUCAACUUUAAAACCCCUUCUGAAAAACUGUCUAUUCUAUCAGGUAAUUAAGAAUGCAUCUUUCAUAAUAUCUGAUUUCCAAUUUUGACUUUCUUACAUGGUUUUUAUUGCGAGGUUUUAUGUGUAGCUGUCAUGAACCUCUUUGAUAUACACUGUGAUAGAUGGACCAAUGGACUGACUGAGUCCUACUCUUUGGAGAAGUUCACAGAACAUUUCCAAGAUAGUAUAAGGCAAGCUUGGGAGAGGUUUU